GGGGGCGUGACCCGGGAGUGUUGCCCCUCCCUCUCUCCCUCUCUCAGUCUUUAGGGAAGCCGCUCCCUUUGGCUCCUUCGCCUGAACUGGCGCUGAUGCUGCGAGAGGAGCGGACCGCGCUGUGAACUAGGGAAAUACACGCAACUUUUUUUCCCCCUUUUGGUUGGGGGGGGCGUGUCCCUCCCGGGGCUGGAGCUGCGAUGACCUCCCGCAGGUAAGAUCCGCUUAAUCUCCUGCGGCGCGUCCGAAAUGUGUGGAGUUUUGCAAUUUGGGGUUUUUGUUUGCUUUCGGUGGUGGUGCGGCGUGAAGCUCGGAAACGGGGCAGCGGACAGCCUCCGUCCCCACCCCGUUCUUCCUUUGCUUCCCCACACCGCUCCGUAUCUAAUAUUUGCAGGUAGACCGCCCCUGAACAUGGAGGAUUUAAAACAACCUCCUUCUUCCCCCCCCCCCCCGCAAAAAAGGUGGUGUACUUCUGCGGAUGUUUUGCACUACAGCUCCCGUCAGCCCUCCGCCAGCGUGGGAGGGUGGGAAUAAUCCCUUAAUAUUUGGAGGUAGAUUGCCCCUUAUCAUGGAGGGUCUCUUUAUUUAGAUCAUCCUUCCCACCCACCCCAGGCUUCUCCAGAUGUUUUUGGGCUACAACUCCCGUCUGCACCCCCCCUCCCAGCCAGCCAGUGUGUUUCUGAGUUUGUAAACAAGGCACAGGUCUCUACCCUCCUUUCCGCCCCACCCCCUUAUCUGUUAUUAUUUGGAGGUAGACUCCCCCUGAUCGUGGAGGGUCUCUAUAUUUAGCUCAACCUUCCCCCCACGUUUGCUGUUCUCUAAAUGUUUCGGACUACAACUCCCGUCAGAGCCCCCAACCCGCACCAGACAGUAUAUGGCGAGGAGGAGGGAGAGUUGCCCUCUCUCCGACCCUCGGUAUCUAAUAUUUGCAGAUAGACUGUCCGUGAGCAUGGAGGCCUGUCCUUGUCAGCCUGUGCCAAGCUGAUGCGACUCCCCCCCCCCCCCCGCUUUGCAAUGUUUUGGACAACAACUCCCAUCAGAUCUAGCCAGUACACUGUUUGCACUGCGAGGCUGUUAUUUUCAGUUUCUAAUUUCUUCAUUCUUAGUUGUUCUGACUAGUUUACCUUUAAAAUAAAUUUAAAAAGCUCUGUGUCUGUGUAUAAAGCAAACAUUUGUAGCCAAUCUACGCUGAGUAGACCCAUUUAAAUUAAUGGACCUUGCUACUUCAGGUAUGUUAAUUUCAGUGGCUCUACAGUGAUCAGACUUUGUUGGAUUAAUUAAAUGGAAAGCAGCAGCAACCGCCUUUUUGUCCCGUCCCCCCUGCCUCCUGUUUGCGGUACUUGGAGGUAGACUGCUCUUAUACAGGGGUGCACCAUGUACCUGUUGUGUAGAAUAAUUUACAACAGACCUAUCUUAUUUGUUGUUGUUGUUGUUAACCUGCCCUUCAUUCUAAGGCCCCGGAGUUGAUUAUAUUUAAAGCAUGAUAUUAGAAACAGUUAAAAACAACAUACAAUCACGGGACUAAUAUUUGUCUUAAAACUAUACAUUAUCAGGUCUCGAAAUCCAGGGCAAAGAUGAACAAUUUAGCUACUUUGGUCAUUCCUGCAUCAUGUGGUAGGGAAGUCUUAAGUCAGACUGAAUUGGGUGAAAGAGAAAAGUUUCCUUCUGCCUCAUCACCAACUUCCUUUGGUCAUUUCCACAUUUUAAUCUCUCCUUCCAACCCGCCCCAAUUUUCUUCUUUUGAGCUCUGGAGGCUGGGUAUUGGGUUGUUGUUUUUAAUGUUACUUGAACUCUGAAUCCCUCUAAUGGAUAUCAACUGAUAGUCUGCAUUGUACUGUGUUGAUAUCAGUGUAAUUUUUUCCCCUUUGUUUGCCUUGUUUAAAUUAAAAUCUUUAGGAAACAAAAACAAAAAAACUCUGAUGGAAGACCCUUCUUUUCAUUCUCCUCCUACCCCCACCCAGAUUAACCUCUUUCCCCUUCUAUCUUCUUUCGUGGUUAUAAUGCAGAUAACAGGUUUUUGUGGUGCAAUUUCUUUCCUUUCCCCUCUGCCUACUAAAUAUUUAAUUCUGCAGUCAGGAGGUAAGCUCACAGCUUUGCUUUGAAAGCUGCCCUUCAGCGUGGGUGCGCCUGAGGAUGUGCAGAGUGCAGAAUCUGCAAUUUCUGCAGUUGUGUAACUGCGAUUGUGUAAAUGACAGGCGCACCUCUGAGCCACUGACUUCCUAACUCACUGCUCGAUAGCUAUAGAUUCACACACAUACCUCAGUGCAAAUAAUCUCCAAAUCAGAAAAGUGCCCUCUCGCAAGCUUUAACCCUGGAGCAUAAUUUUUUUAAAAAAGGAUGGCUUCCUUUCGGUUUAGCAACCAUGAUUGCAAAGGAACAUGUUUAUGGUUAAAAUAGUUUGGAACUGCUUGUCAGGUAGUAUCUCCCCCCCCCCCGCCACUGACGUCACCCUGUUUGACCUCAUGUUCCUUCUGCUCAAACCCAAAAUCUCGGAACUCGGAACCCAAAAAGGAACUCGGAAUUCUUGGAACCCAAAAGCCUUUUAAUUGUUGUUGGUACUCUUUGGCCAUUGCAACAUUUGGGGAGGCCUAGACUGACGUCUGCCAAGCUUGAUUAGAGGUUUGUGCUGAAUGUUCUGUAACUUAAAGCUUCAUUUUGCUGGGAGCGUGGUGUAAUGGUUACAGCAGUCUUGGCCAACCAGGUGUUUGGGACUCUUAACCCCCAUCAGCCCCACCUAGGACAGGUUAAAAUGUUGGACCUAAUCUCCAGGUAACACAGGUCCAAACUCCAAUGAGUGACCUUGGGGCCUGUCGCUUGUCAUUACCUUUGCCUACCUCGCAAAGUUGUUGUGGGAAUGAGGAGGUGUGAAUGCACUGAGCAUGUAUUCAGACUUACCCCUCAACCUAGUGCCCUCCGGAUGCAUUGGAUUACAACUCCCAUGGAGCUGAUGGGAGUUGUAGCCCAAAGCAUCCAGGGAGGGCGAUAGGUUGGGGGAUGCUGUCGUAGGAAACAGAUAUUGCUUGCUGAGUCACUCCAGAGGAAUUUCUUAUUUUAAUGAUCUAUUUUAAAAUGGGCUGUCCUGCCGGUAGGCCAGCAGGCUCUCCACGUUCUCUUAAGAAUAUAUAUAUUCUGUAAUCGCCCAUUCCACCCCCUGCAAAAAUAUAAACAAGCCCUUUCUUUUAUUUAAGCUAGAAAACAUCCAUAGCAGUGGAACUGCUAUGGGGCAGCUGUCCUUGUUUGCUUAGGGUGUUCCCUGUUUCCUCUCCAUCAGGGUCUUCCUUUGUUACCUUUUGAGGUGUAUUAUUACUAUUAGUGAAGCAUUUGAUGCCAUCCGUGAGCCCUGUAUUCCACAGAGCAGGAGCAGAUGGUCCCUGCCCCGAGGAGAUGACAAUCUAUAAGGUUCUGGCACAGAGAAAACAACAAAGGGGAGGAAUUUGUGGCAGGAGUAAAUAGUGACUUUGUCCAUAGUGGGAGCAAACAAAACAGGAACCCCAACACAGUCUGCUCCUGGACCUUCCCCCCACUUUAAAUGCAGGGUUUUUCAGUACUGGUCAUUUUGGACUUUCCAAGGUUUGGGGGCUGGGGGGGGUGUAUUUAAAGGGAGAAAGGUCCAGGCUAACACCAGAGAGGGGAGGAUGCCCUAUGGGGACCCAAACAUUAAAGUGCAGAUGACUGAUGAGAAUCCACUUUUUGCUUCGGUGUGGGCUAGUCCAGGCUGUGGCUGUUUGAGAAGAAAGUGCUCAAGUUUCCGAUGGGACCAGGGAGCUUGUGUGACAAGUUGUCCUGGAAGGCUGCGCCAAGCACAUGGGGCAGCGAGGGAGAAAGGAUGGAGUUUUUGGAGGGAGCAGGAGGCCUUGGGGUGUCUGGGGCUGUCAGAGCUACUAGCUAUGGUUUGUGGUGGCCUGGUGGCUGUGUUCUACUACCUCUGUCUGAGGCAGUGCACCUCUGAAUACCAGUUGCUGGGAAUCGCAAACGGUUCUCGCACUCAGGUCCUGCUGUGGGGCUUCCCACUGGGGCAUCCGGUGGGCCACUGGGAGGAGAGGAUGCCAGACUAGAUAGGCCUUUGGACCUGGUCCAGCUAUAGGGCUCAUUUUGGGUUCUUGCGGAAAGGGGAGGAACCUGUGUUGAACUUGAGAGCAGACAGGACAUCCAUGUAGUAUGUUUCCCAUGCUUGGGUCUCCAUCAUCCCUAGCUAGCAAAACCGGUGGUCAGGGAUGAUGGGAAUUGUUGUCUGAAAACAACCGGAGACCCAAGGUUGGGAAACCCUGGUUUGGACAGGAGUAGUAUAACACUGCAGAUUUAAGUCCUCUUGCCUUGAGUCAGAGGCAACUGUAUCUUGACUCUGGUUGCACAUGCAUGUUAAGUCUUGCACAUGACCACAAAUGCUGAUGGUGCAUUUUCCUUCUACUUCUGUAUCUCUUUAUCUGUCUACCCAGUUAGUGUGUUUUUUUUUUGUGGGGUGCAUCUAACAUUCUCCUUUCUCUUCUUAAAUUUGUUACCCACCCUUUGCCACCAGGUACCGGGACGCGGGUGGCGCUGUGGGUUAAACCACAGAGCCUAGGGCUUGCCGAUCAGAAGUUUGGCAGCUUGAAUCCCCGUGACGGCGUGAGCUCCCGUUGCUCGGUCCCUGCUCCUGCCAACCUAGCAGUUCGAAAGCACGUCAAAGUGCAAGUAGAUAAAUAGGUACUGCUCCAGCGGGAAGGUAAACGGCGUUUCCAUGUGCUGCUCUGGUUCGCCAGAAGCAGCUUAGUCAUGCUGACCACAUGACCCGGAAGCUGGCUCCCUUGGCCAGUAAAGCAAGAUGAGCGCCGCAAUCCCAGAGUCGGCCACGACUGAACCUAAUGGUCAGGGGUCCCUUUACCUUUUACAAGGGUGGGUUACACCAAAUUAAAAUUCAGUAUUAGAAACAAUUAGCCCAGUCAUCGGAAUAGGGUAGGUCCUGAAAACAGCCAUCUCUGGUAUCCAAAGGUUAGCGCAUGUUUGAAACUAUAAAACGAAGGUGCCCCAUGCACCUCUGUAGGGCAGGAAUCGCACAACUUGGUCCUGCUCAGAGUAGACCCACUGAAAGUAAUGGGCAUGGCUAACUUAGGUGUAUUAAUUUUAGUUGGUCUACUCUGAGUAGGACUCGGUUGGCUACAACCCAAUAAGUAUUUUUCUUCCUAUAUACAUAAAAACGCAAGGUUGUCAUCAGGCGGCUGCCCUUAGGAGGACUUUUUAUGGCCACAUCACAGUCCUGGAUUUGCAUGAAGAAAUGGGUUUGGGAAGGUGAAGAGUGAGCUUAGUAGUUGCAUGGGGUGGGAAGGGGAAACCCUAGGAGAGUAAUGUGGGGAGAGUGUCAGGUGGGUUGGUGAGCAGAGCAAGCCCCUAGUAAUUGUUAUAUUUGUUCAUUUGAUUCAUUGUGAGCUGUGACGGUUUUGUGGCAAAGUGGCGUGCAAAUGGAACUGACAAUGAGUGAACAUAUUUGAUUGGCACAUAUUAUGUACUAAGCAGAACCAGAAUAAAUAUCCUAGUACACUUUUUAAAAAGGAAAAAGGAUGGUGUUCUGGCAGGUUAAUUAAAGCCCCUCAUUUCAAAAUUGAGAGUGUAAGUCAGGCUGUUUCAGAGGAAUACAAGUCUGGAAAAUCUGUGACCCUCCGGACGUGAUUGGACUUCAACUCCCAGCAGCCAGCAUGCCUAAUGGUCAGAGUGUUUUGUAUCCGGAUUGCAAUGGUAAAAUAUCAAAAAUUGCAAGAGAUUGAAAAAUCAAUAAAAAAUCAAUAAAAUAACAUGAAACGACGUUGUAAAAGUUUGAGCAGCAGAGAGCAAAAGAGUAUGACGCGAUUAACACAGCAUCACUAAAAUCGAAAAUUCAGUGGAGAAAAGCGCACAGCUAUGGAAAGCCUGUGGUAUAAAAAGAUCUCUUUUGAUCCAAGGCUCAGAGCAGGAAUAUGAGGAAGGCAGUGGUGGACCUACAUUUUGGGGGGCUCUGAAGCCUCAUUAGUUCCACAGUAGAUCUGCCUCUGGAGGACGGUCUCAGGUGAACCUCUCCAGGCUGGAGACAAAUAGCACAGGUGGAAUCUUGCUUUUCCAAGAUGGUGGCAUGUUGCUGACUGCUGUGGUAAAUAGGAUGCUUCAGGAGUUGUAGUUCAUAACAUCAGAAAGUCACCCUUUGAGCUGCCCCCGAUCCACCCAUAUACUUCCUGGGCUUUGUUCCGUUUACAUCUCAUCUCAUCCUUUUUGGUUCUCGAGUAGGUGGGACGGGCUCUGUCCUCGUGUGAGUGAGUCACGGCUGCAUGUGCUCAAUCUGUGGUGAAAGCACCUUUUUAAAAAAAUAAUAUAUGAAUUGAAAUCUGUUUCCCCUUGUCGUCUUCACUGGCUACUUCCUCCUCCACAGAGAGAGAGAGCUGACUUGACGGAAAAGAGGCAGGCCAAACUGUUUCCAUAGAAGGUGAAGGAGCAAGGAAAAAGAGGUGGUAGAAAAGUUCGAUGCGUUGUUUUUCUUGAAAGUUUCUGGCAGCUGAUUCAUCAGUGCUUUGGUUGUGGGGAAAAAGCAUUGCCCUCUAAUGGGGAAGAACCUCAGCUCAGUGGCGGAGCAUGUGCUUUGAGUGUAGAAGAUCCCAGGUUCAGUCCCUGGCAUGUUCAGGUAAGGCUGGGAAGGUCCCCUCUUUAAAAUGCUGGAGAACGUUGGCUAGUCGGUGUAGACCAGCCUUUCUCAACCUUGGGUUCCCAGAUGUUGGAGAACUACAACUCCCAUCAUUCAUAGCCAGCAGAGGCAGCAGACCCCACCACUGAUCCAAUGGAGUCUCUAGGUUCAGAGGCUGUAUGUCAUGGGAAUCGACCAUCGUAAGAAGAACCUGCUGGUUCAUGCCAGGGUCUCAUCUAGCCAACGUCUUCUCCUCAUAGUAGCUGGGGCCGGACCAAUAUAUUUUGCUGCCUGAGGCAAAGGAGAAGAUGGUGCCUCUCCUCACCUUCAGCCUAAUCCAUGUGUGCAAGCUGAUCAAACUGAACUUUACAUGAAGAUUGGUGGUGUCCUCUAUGGCAGCCGAGGGCAGCAGGCUUGCUUAGGGAACCCCAGUCCCAACCUCUCAGCAAUUGCAGCCUGAGGCGCCUGCUGAUCACUUUGCCUAAUGGUAGGGCCAGCCCCAAGAAUAGCCAGCAGCUUGAUGCUGCAGCAAGGUUGCUCCAACUUCCACAGCACCACCAUUGGGAAUCCCAACGCUUCGGGUGCGUCUCUUCUGACAGCAGUGAGCGAGAAAGACAGAGAGAGCAGCAUUCUGCUCCAUAACACACUCUGGCUUGCUCAAGAGGUCAGCUAAGAAUAGCCCCCCCUCCUGCUCUCACGCUCCCCCCCCCCCCGCCGCCGGAGAUUAAGAGCCUUGUGGCGUGAUGAGAUGAACACAUGCGGGGAGCCACGGAUUUGCAUGCCUUGUGGGCUGUUACUGGAUCCUGGAUGCCCUCUGCGUGACGUUCCUCGAAAGGAGAGGCAGGGCACCCUGAGCGUUACUCAGCACCCUCCCACUCCCCCCACCUCCUACUGACUCAGGACGGGGGGGGGGGCACCUGCCCUUGAGAGAGAGAGACGAGGCCUUGGAGGAAACCUGUGCUGUAUAAAGCUUCUUUGCCCGGAUGGGUUUAUUCCAGACCCUCCAGGUGUCCCUGUUUUCCAGGGACAGCUCCAGAUUUACAGAAGCCAUCCCAGUUUCUGACUGGAUCCCGGAAUGUCCUGCUUUUCCUUUGGAAGUCCCUGUUUCCAUUGGAGAAAUGUUGGAGGGUAUGUCCCAGUGCGAUCUGGCUCAAGGAUCUAAAUAAAUAAUAAAAAAUAUUAAUAAAUAACAAUUAACACAUUACAGUGGUACCUCAGGUUAAGAACUUAAUUCGUUCCGGAGGUCCGUUCUUAACCUGAAACUGUUCUUAACAUGAGGUACCACUUCAGCGAAUGGGGCCUCCCGCUGCCACCGCGCCACUGCUGCACAAUUUCUGUUCUCGUCCUGAAGCAAAGUUCUUAACCCGAUGUACUAUUUCUGGGUUAGUGGAGUCUGUAACCUGAAGCGUCUGUAACCCAAGGUAAGGUAAUGGGACCCCUGACCGUUAGGUCCAGUCGUGGCCGACUCUGGGGUUGCAGCGCUCAUCUUGCUUUACUGGCCGAGGGAGCCGAUGUACAGCUUCCGGGUCAUGUGGCCAGCAUGACUAAGCCACUUCUGCCGAACCAGACCAGUGCAUGGAGGUACCACUGUAUUAAUGGCAAGUAAAAUGUAUAGCAGUUGUUUUUAAUGAGUUCUGCGCAAUUUUACACAUAUUUCACUUGCCAAGCAAAACUAAAUCCUAUUAAUUUAACCCAAAUGUCUUUUGAAUUCUCAUGUCAUGUUGCAACUAGUUAGCACCCCUCAUUUUGGGAAGUUGAAAAAUUCAACGUGCGCUAUUGCCCUACCAGCAAAACGGCCGCAGGUUGAAGCAGGUAAACUAGGUAUAUAUUUGCAGAAAGGCGAGCUGACAAAUAUAUUUGGCUCCUGGGCCUGAGGUUCCUCACUAUUCCCCUAAACCCCAGUUCCUGUGAGCUGGAUCUCAUUCAUUCCUUCUUGCGCAGCACCCGGAGGGGAGUGGCAAACUGAUUCACUCUGGAUCACGCUGGAAGUGUUGCAAAACAGCAGCAGGAGCAGGCUGUGCGACUCAAGGCAAGCAGCAAAAGUGUCUCGCGCUUUUCCGGGCUUCCCUGCCUCCAGGGUGAAGCAAGGAGGUGGAAGGCAAAAGAGGGAAUUGGGGUGGAGCAACAGGAGCUCGUUAAAUCAGAGGGAUUUCAUUGUUAUUCACUGUCAUUUUCCAAGCAAGCUUUGAGCUGCCUCUCUUUGAACAGCCAGAAAGAACUCUGGAGCCAAAGGCUUGUGCUGGGCAGAAAACUCGAGGGUUUUGGGCCUUGGCAGGUGACACUCAGGAAAUCCUGACACCUUGCAGGAAGGCCCUUUUGCGUGCGUCACAAGCCGAGCACCUCACAGUCUGAAUGUUGGAGGAGUCGGGACAGAUAAGAGAAAGUGCUUCCUCACAUGGCACAUACCGUAUUUUUUGCUCUAUAAGACUCACUUUUUCUCUCCUAAAAAGUAAGGGGGAAUGUGUGUGCGUCUUAUGGAGUGAAUGCAGGCUGUGCAACUAUCACAGAAGCCAGAACAGCAAGAGGGAUUGCUGUUUUCACUGUGCAGCGAUCCCUCUUGCUGUUCUGGCUUCUGAGAUUCAGAAUAUUUUUUUUCUUGUUUUCCUCCUCCAAAAACUAGGUGCGUCUUGUGGUCUGGUGCGUAUUAUCGAACGAAAAAUAUGGUAGUUAAACUAUGGAACUCUCUCCUGCAGGAUGGCCACUGACUCAGAUGGCUUGAAAAGAGGAUUGGACAAAUUCAUGGGGGGAAAUAAGGCUUUUGAUAAGCACGAUGGCUCAGCUCUGCCACCAUGGUUGGAAGCAGCAAUGCUUCUGAAUACCAGUUGCUGGAAAUGACAGGAGGGGAGAGGACUCUCUUGUGCUCAGGUCCUGACUCUUUGUGUUGUUUUCUUGGUCAGUAUUGUAACACAGAAGGGCUGUAGCCAAGUGGUGGGUCAUCUGCUCUGCAUGCAGAAGGCCCCAGGUUCAGUCCCUGGCAUCUCCAGGUAGGACUGGGAAGGUCCCCUGCCUGAAACCCUGGAGACCUGUUGCUGUCAGCCAGUGUAGAUGACACUGAGCUAAUGGUCUGAUGGUUUUCCCAGUAGUGAUGUAUGGAAGUGAGAGCUGGACCAUCAAGAAGGCUGAUUGCUGAAGAAUUGAUGCUUUUGAAUUAUGGUGCUGGAGGAGACUCUUGAGAGUCCCAUGGACUGCAAGAAGAUCAAACCUAUCCAUUCUGAAGGAAAUCAGCCCUGAGUGCUCACUGGAAGGACAGAUCCUGAAGCUGAGGCUCCAAUACUGGCCACCUCAUGAGAAGAAGACUCCUGGAAAAGACCCUGAUGUUGGGAAAGAUGGAGGGCACAAGGAGAAGGGGACGACAGAGGACGAGAUGGUUGGACAGUGUUCUCGAAGCAACCAGCAUGAGUUUGACCAAACUGCGGGAGGCAGUGGAAGACAGGAGUGCCUGGUGUGCUCUGGUCCAUGGGGUCACGAAGAGUCAGACACGACUAAACGACUAAACAACAACAACAAAAAUGGUCUGAUGCAGGAUAAGGCAGCUUCUCCUGGGCACAGUGUCUGCUUCCUAACACAGUACAGCACAUUCAGCUUCUGGCAAGGUGGCCAGGGGCAGAGAGACAUGUGACACUGGAUUGUAGCGGCCCAAACAUAUGUUAUGUUCUGAUUUUCUCUUUUCGUCUGGUGCAGCAGCUAGUGGCAGGAGCAGUGUGAGAACGUGCUGGUUCGACAGCAGUAUCUGGGAUGGUUUGGCACUAGUUCUUCACAAGGACCUGCUACUGGGGCCAGGCAGAGCCCACAUUGCAAACAAAACCGGGCUGUUCAGAGUGAAAGGGAGCAGGAUUGAAUCCUGGCCAGCUGGUGAACGGAGGAGGGCCUGCUUUCUGCAGAGGUCUGCUUUACGUCUGCCUUCCCCGCCCCCAACCCUCCAGGAAUGCACACUGGAAGCAGACCCCAGCAGGACCACGCUGUCCGCUCAACAGUGUUGGCUGGAGAGGACUGCUUUGCCAGGAGAGUUCAAUCCUGCUGGCUGCAAGGGGUCUACAUCACCAGUGCAUUCCCAGCUGGGUAAUUCCUAGGGGAAGCAGACCCCUGCAGCUAACAGGAUUCCACUCCCCCCCCCCCAGCUGGUGAGUGGAAGGAUCAGUCCUGCUGUCUGUAGUGUGGUUGAGAGGAGGAAGGGUCUCUCACCCCCCCCCGCCCAGCUCCUGACUGUAUGCUUAAUAGGCAUUUAAAACCCUAACUAAACAUUAGGACUCCCCCUCCCAAUUGAUUCAGGGCCUACAGCUGAGUUGGCCUGGGGCCAAUCCAAACCCCUGCAUAAGGCCCUGCAUGGGGGCUGGGUGUAUGUGCUUGUAGCCCUACUUGUUACUGGUAGGAAAGUGGUGGCCACGCCUUUAUUACUGGUUUUUAAGCAAGAAUUUUGUAGUUGUGGAGUUUCUGCAGCGGGUUGCACCAGAUGACCUCUGGAGAGACCCAAUUUUAUGAAUCGGGAGCCUGAUCUAUGUGGUUGUGCUGGUGGCAAAGUGUGAUGGGUUAUGGCUCUGUCUGUGGUUUGCCUUUUUCUUUUGCGGGGAGAUGGGCUGAACCCACAAGUGAGGCUUGGUCUGCAUGUUUCCUCCUGCACCUUGUCUCUCCCCCCGCCCCCCCGGUGGCUCGUGUCCAGGAAAUGUGUCUAGGAUGGUUGUUUAAUCAGGCGGCUGGGCUUGUCCGCUCUGUGGGCUUCCUGCCCUCGGGUCUGAAGGGAAGAUCGGAAACUCUGCUGCUUUAAAACAGGACUGGUAAUCCGGAAAUGGAGAAUUUCCUGGAUGUGUGUAUCUCCCCCCUCCCACUUUUGUGUAAAAUAGUGGCAUUUAAUGGCUUUACAUUUUACCAGCUAUAACGGUUGGAGGGAGAGAGGAAGCAGCGAGGCCAAGUUCCUGCUGAUUUGCUAAAGCAAUCUCUUAUUUAUUUACAAAACAAAUUAGAUGCCUUUUCCCCAAAGAUCCAGGGAAUGUGGAGCAAGCCAUUAGAGCAAUGUGCACGUUUUUUAAAAACCCUUUUAUCAUUCUUCAGUAGGAAGCUUGAGUUCUUUGUGCAUAGAACCUCACAAUGCAUUGUCUGCUAUAUAAUAGCAAGGCAUGAUACCAACGCGUUGAAAAAGCCAAGAUCAGGUGGUAUUGGUAUUCUGAUUACAGUGCCAUCACGCCUUAAGAGUUGCAUAGGUCUCUGCACCCAAGGAUCAUGCAAUUGACAGGCGGAACAAUGAGCAGAGCGCAGGACCAAAGGUCCUAAUUAAAAGCAGGUGAAUCUGUGCAGGGUUUUGCAGGUCCACCGUAACGAACGGUAAAUGCGACAAUGGGUUGCAGCACACAGUUAAUUUUCCCCAGAUAUUAUAUUCCGUUUUCCCUCCUGGUUUUCCGUCCUCUCUCCGCACACCAGCUGGUCAGCUUUCUGUGGCUACUGAGCAUGCUCAGUCCUCAUUGGGCUCUUUUUCCAAAGUAUUCUGCCCCGCCCAACGAAACUGGGUGUCCCCCUUCCCCCCCAAACACAUUUUGUACUUUUGCAAACAUUGAGUUCUCCCAUGUUUGCUGAUAACCUCCGCUCCCCUUUGUAGUUUGGGUAGGACUUUCACCUGGAGAACAUGUCUGUAUACAACGACCACUGCAGCUGUUCUAGAAUUCGAGUCGGGAAGUUCCUACAGCCCACCUAGAGUUAGCAAACAGGGAUCUUGUAUGUCUUGCAGUAGAAAUGUUUUCUGAGUUGUUGUUGGGGGUUUUCUUUUUGUGUGUGUGUGGGGGGGGGAGUUAUUCUUGCAGUCUCUGCAAAAGGUAGCCAGUUCUGGUUUCUGCGGAGUCCCUAUUCCAAGUGCAGGGCUGUAUCUGCUCAGCUAAGGUAACACUUGGCAUAGACCCAUUGAAAUGAAUGGACCUAAGUUAGUCAUGUCUGUUCACUUCAGUGGGUCUACAGUGAGUAGGGCUGGCAUUGAGUACAACCUGCAAUAUUAAUACAGGUCUCAUUAUCCUCUCUGUGUUAUAAGAAUAUAUAUAAGAACCUGGGGCCUUCCAGAUGCCACUCCACACCGCUCUGAUGAGUGACUAGUUUGGGGUUAUUCCUGGAAAGUGUCACUGGAGACCAAAGCAUCCUCUCUGCCUUUUACCAGCUUCAUCUGGUUCUCCAGCUAGGGUCGUUCCUGGGCAGGGAUAGCAUUCCCUCCAACAUUUCUCCGGUGAAAAUAGGGAUGUCCUAUUCAAUACUGUGCGGCUUCCAACAUACAUAAAAACAUAAUAAAAUAUUAACCAUUUUUAAAACUUGCCUAAAAACUUGUCUUCUAAAGGUUGUAGAGUUACUUAUCUCCUUGGUUUGGGGCGGGGGUGUCACAUAACUCCAUACCCUCCAACAUUUCGCCGAUGAAAAUAGGGAUGUCCUAAGGAAAAGCGGGACAUUCCGGGAUCAAAUCAGAAACCGGGACAGUUUCUGUAAAUCUGAGAAUUUCCCUGGAAAGACACUUGAAGUGUCUGGGAAAGCCUGACCACUAUGGUCCAUGCACUGGUGACCUCGAGGCUGGAUUGCUGCAAUGCACUCUGUGUGGGGCUUCCCUUGGCCUUGGUUUGGAAGCUGUGGCUGGUGCAGGAUGCAGCUCCCAGACUGCUGGUGGGGGCAGGCAUCUGACUGAAUACAUUGUUAAAGCUGCAUUGGCUACCCAUCUACCAGGUUCGAGACCCUUGAAUUAACUGACAAAGCCUUAAGCAAUUUAAGUCUAGAGCAUCCUUAGGGACCACCUGAUCCUAACUCAAUCCUUGAGAGAGCACCUACAGGAGCAUCACUGGUCGUCUCCACAAGUUGGCGGGGCUCAUUUGAUAUCAACACAAAACUGAGCAUUUAGUGUCAUCCACCCAGUUUUGUGGAAUAGGCUGCUGACAGAUGUUCAGCAGGCGCUUUCUGUUUCAACUCUGAAAUGCGUGCUGAAAACUUUUCUACACUGUCAGGCUUAUGCAGGUGAUUAAAAGUGCACCUUUCCGUAACAGUUAAUCUCCACUUUUUAUUUUUGUUUUUUUAAAAAUAUUUUUAUUAGCAAUUACAACAUAACAACUUAUCAAAACAUAUCAUAUUCAUUAUUUUCCCCCUCCCCCACCCCUCAAACUCUCCCUCCCCUCCCCCAGAGACUUCCCUCAGCUCCUCUCUCUGAUUUCUCAACACAUAUUAUUCUCUGCAUGUUAUAAAAUUAUGCAAAUCUUUACAUUAUCUAUCUACCAUGUUAUCAAUCAAUAAAUUUGUGUAUGUUUAUUUAAAAUAAUCUCCACUUUUUAAAUACACCUACCUGGUUUUUAUGGUGCGGUUUUGCAUACGACUCUUGUGAACUGGUCUGGGUUUGUUUUAUGAAUGCACAUAUAUUUUUAUACAUAAAUAAAUUGGCCGUCCUGUUUGGGGCUGAUGUAACCCCUACAAAAUACACAGAGUGUUAAAAUAAGUUAAAUAUAAACCAUUCAACUGUGCUCCAGACGCUUGGGUUGCUUGAGAGGGCUUUGAUGUGUUGCAGGGGACUAGAUCAUCCUUUGGGUCUCUACACUCCUAUGCUGACCUUUGCUGGCUGGUGGCUGCUGUUUAGAGUUCCUUCUGCCUGUCUUCAGGCACGGGAGCGAAGUUGGGUUAAAAGGGCGGGGCGUUUGUGAAGUGUGUUUGCUGGGUUGCCUGAACACAGUCACGGGCAUUUAAUCCCGUCCGGGACAUUGCAGGGGGUGACCUGCUAAUCUCUGAUAUUCUUAAUAUAGGAAAGUCUGCUCUUAAAUAAACCCAGGGUUGCUAUAUCCAGCAGCAGGGGAGCUAAAUAUAAAGGAAGAUUCUCCCUCGCUCCUUUCACCAGCUCUGGUUCCCCUUAGUAGCCUUGGUAAACAGAGGCUAAACAAGGGAAAGCAGUCAUCCCCGGAGGCAAGCUUGAUCCCUCUGUGCAGGAUGCUAAGCCUCAGGGAGGAACAAGGGUGAUGCUCUGACCCCUCCUGUCUUGGGAGCUGGGCAGUGGCCAAUUUGAAUGGGAAAAAACCCACACUGUUAGCCCGAACAAAACCCCUCUGUCUUUCAAGCUUGUUGAUAGGAACAAAUAAAGGGACAUAGGAAGGAACCUGCUUUAGACUGAGUCAGACGGUUGCUCCCUUUAGCUCCAUAUUGUCUACACUGGCUGGCAGAAGCUCUCUGGGGUUUUAGGUGCUUCUGAGCUACCACUUUGACACUUUCCUACUCAGGUAGGAAGCUGCUUCCUAUCAAGGGUUGGCCCAUUUAGCUUAGUAUUGUCUACCCUGACUGGCAGCUGCUCUCCAGGGUUUUGAGAUAGCAAUGUGCCCCAGCCCUGCUUGGAGAGGCUGGGGAUUGAACCGGGGACCUUCUGCAUACGAAGCAGAUGGUCUGCCGCUGAGCUACGGCCUUCCCUUCCCACCCGUGCCCAGGCAUAGGGCGGCUGAGUGUUGAUAGGCUUUUUGUAACGUGUCUUGAUUUGUUUAGCUCCCAGGCAAAAUGGCUCCCUGCAAACUCUCUAUCCUGUUUGCAGGUGACAAAAUAGGAGCUGGUGAGGGGGUUGCAUAUUGCAGAAUAUUCUCUGAAAGGUUUUGUAGUAGAAAGAUCUCUCCUGAGAAAUGUUGGCUGGGCAUGAUGCUUGGAAAGUUGCUGCCAGCCUGUGUACGCAACACUAAGCUAGGUGUUCUAAUGGUUUGACUCUGCACGAUGCAGCUGCUGCUGAUGUUGCUGUGUUUGGGGGAAGAGUCAUAACUCAGUAGUAGAACAUCUGCCUUGCGUGCAGAAGGCCGCAGGUUCAACUCCCAGCAUCUCCAGGUAAGGCUGCGAAAGGUCUCAGUCUGGAACCCUGGAGAGCUGCUGCCCGUCGGUGUGCUCUGACUUGGUCUAAGGCAGCUUCCUAUGUUGGGAGCUGGUUCUUUUCUCCUGGCAUUCACGUCUUUCUGAAUCUCCUGCUGCUGAGUCUCACUGAGCUGUAUAAUUUGCAUAAUUUGAAGGGACCUCAAGAGUCAUCUAGUCCAACCCUGCAAUGCAGGAAUCGCAGCUAAAUGACCCCUGAUUCAAAUAAUAUGAACUUGUGGGCAAUAGGGAGCAGGUCAUCAACUAGCAGUGGACUCUGUUAGGUAGCUUCUGCAUGAACGCCAGGAAUAUAUAUAUGGCAUUUCCAAAAUGCAAAAAAUAGGGUGGCAUGAUUAUUUGGUGAGAAUGGCUGGAAAAUAUCAACAAUGGGAAUGCAUGAGUGAAAACUGGUGUGUUUUCUUUUUUAAAAAGAAGUUAUUAUAGAGAGGCAUUGAAAGGUGCCAUUAACCUAAUUUUGUCAGUGAUCAAAAAACCACAACACGUUUAUUAGAAACGUUUGUGUCUGGGCUGCCUGCCAGAGGUGGUUUUUUUUAAAAAAAAAAACUGGAACCAAAUGCUCAUAAUAAUAACCUCUGACUUGCGCUUAGCAAAACCCACUAGGCUUGGGCGCAUAAACUUCUCGUUGAAAAAGGGAGAAAAUGUCUCUGCCUUGAGCUUAACAUUUGAGCCUCAGAAGCAAAGUCAUUAGCAUCUCCCUUAAUUAGCCAGGCUGGUGUUUUGUUACGGUUAGUGAGCAAAACAGCAAGAACUCUCGGCUGUGGGCAAGGGACCGUCCUCCUAGUGAUUUAAUAAGAUUCCCACUGGAUCGUCUAGGGGUAAAAGGCAACCCACAAAUUCAUUGCAUCUUUCCAAAAACGAGAAGUCAGCAGGUUUGGACGUAGGAGUAUUUUAUGAGUGAAUGAGCACGCGUUCGCGCUUGGUCUUCGCCAGAAGGCAAAAGAAAGCAAAGUGUACAAAUAAAGCUGAAGCAACACUCUGCCAAAAUGAUCUCCAGAGUUAUUCAGCAGGUGAAGCGGUCUGGUGUAGUGGUUAGAGUGUCAGACUAGGACCUGGGUGAGACCAGGAUUCAAAUCCUCCACUAAGCUAUGAAGCUCACUGGGGGUGUGACUUUGGGCCAAUUGCUGCCUCUCAGCCUAACCUGCCUCGCAGGGUUGUUGUGGAGAUUAAAUGAGGAGCGGGGAGAACCAUGGCUGCCCUCUUGAGCUCCUUGGGGCAUGGAGGGGGGGAGAUAUAACUGCAAUAAAAUAUUACGAGGCGGCCUGUCUCUCCUGGGUCAGGGAAUGGUGUAUAUUACAAAAUACUGACCUUCAGGACUUAGAAGGAUAUGACAACCGUUAUGGCUGGCAAGCCUACUUAGGUUACGAUAAAGUCAAGAUCUAUAAAAACUUUCCAAAUCACAUUAUAAGGCAAUCUCUCUAUAUGGUUUGGGCAAAAUACAAUGAUUUGCUCAAACCUAAAACUCCAUGGUGGAUAUCCCCGCUUGAAGCAUUAGCAGUAAAGAAAAAAGUACGAAAGGGAAUUGGCCAAUAAAAUAAAUGAAAUAAAAUAUCAUUCUUGACAGCAGAGUACACCUAAUGCAGAAAUAAACUAGUGGAUUGAUCCAUCUCCUGGGCUAAGGUACCCUGAUUCCCCCCCCUCCCAAACGAUAUCCCAAAUAACUGUCAGUAGCAAUCUUGCUGCUUGGAAGUCCUGGGAGGUGUUCUGUAUUGACAUCGUCCUUUCCUAAGCAAGCAAACCAGCUUACUUAUUAGGAUUUGAAUAUAAGAAACUGAGUGGGUGGGUGGAUUCUCUUUUUCCCUUCUGAGCCUUUUUGUAUCUAAAAGUUCCAUUUAAAAAAUAAACGCCGUUAUAUCUUCAAGGAUGGAAAUUAGCCUUGUCACAAUCUAUAUUUCUGACUGGUCAUCAUGCCCUGGCUACAAAAAACAGACCUUGAUCUGGAAUUGGCUGGUACAGGGUGUCUUAUCUAAAAACCCUGGGAGGCUUGUGAUAAACCUGAGCAAUGGUGUGUGUGUGUGUGUGUGUGUGUGUGUAGGGGAUAGCAAUAGUUGUCGCUCCUUUAUCCUAACUGCCUCGCCAGUGUAAAUAUUAAGGUUUUUAAAUGUGUCUUCAUUACUAAGCCUGUAACGUUUGGUGGUAGUUGUUUUCAAUUUGUUUAUUUUAUUUAUUUUAUUUUAGGGGGCGGGGAAACCUCUGUUUGAAGAAUGUACUCACUACCCAGCAUAGGAGCCAACUCCUAGGGGCUGAAGGGUCUUUGUCCUCCAAUAAAAUAUUUGAGGGGGCAUCGCCAUUUUUGAUGGGCAUCGCCAUUUAAAUGGUGUGUGUUCACCACAUCCUGUGAUCAUAUACCUGCCCCCCCCCCAUAUUUUGCUCUCUAGCUCCAUCUGGUGUUGCACAAAGUAGUUAAAAUGCUGUUUUUUGACUAAUGUAGCUGAGUCCUAAGUUUGACUAGGAGUAGACUUGUUGAAAUUAAUGGCUCUAACUUAGGAAGUCAAGGUGGUUCUACCCCACAACACGUUCCUCCUCACAACGAACCUGUGAUGUAGGUUAGCUUGAGAGACUGUGACCAGCCCAAGGUCACGCCUGGCAAGCGUCAUGGCUGAGCAGGUCUCUCAGGUCCUAAUCCUGGCUCUCUUACUCGAUGGAGGUCAUUUUGGCCUGAAGGGUGUUCAAAGAACCCUUUCUGCCUUUCAUUCUGCAACACAACUCUGAUGUCACAAACCCACCUGGUUCCGACUCAACCGAGUCUGUUCACCGCUGGACUGAGGGGGAAAGGCUGUUGUGAGGGGCUUCACUGCUUCAGGCAUUCGCACGGAGUGGCGUCCUGUUGUAGCCCUGGAGAAUACUUUUAACCAGAUUUUAUUUCCCACCUCUUAAAUCUUGCUUCAUGAGGUAAGGUGUGCCUUUUCGAACCAGCGUCUUCUGGAGGAACGGUUCUCGUUUUUGUCAAGGCUGCAGAAGCUGAUGUGUGAGGUGAUUCUUUCUAGUUACCGUAUUUUUCCGUCUAUAAGGUGCCCCCAUGUAUAAGAUGACUCCUAUUUUGGGGGACUCCAAUUUAAGAAAAUGGGGGGGGGAGAUCUAUCCGUGUAUAAGAUGCCCCCAAAUUUUGAACAUUAUUUUUUAGGGGGGAAACCUGGUUUUAUACAUGGAAAAAUAUGGUAAACUGUGAAAUUUGCUGCCUCAAAAGGGAGUGACAGCUACCAUCUUGGAUGACUUAAAAAGAGGAUUAGAGAAAUUUGUGGAGGAUAUAAGACUGGGUUCCGCCUCCGCAGUCACGUACCCUCCAAAAUUUAUUUGAUGAUAAUAAGGGCAUCCUAUUCAAUAAUAAUAAUAAUAUUAAUAAUACCCCAGCUUUAUACUAUUUAUUGCCCCAGCCACUCUGGGUGGUUUCCAACAUACAUAAAAACCUAAUAAAAUAUUAAACAUUAAUACAGGACUGCCUUCAGAUGGCCUGGUGGGUUGGAUAACUCCAUACCCUCCAACAUUUCUCUGAUGAAUAUAGGGACGUCCUAAGGAAAAGUGAGACAUUCCAGGAUCAAACCAGAAACUAGGAUGGCUUCUGCAAAUCCAGGGCUGUCCCUGGAAAAUAGGGACACUUGGAGGCAGGGUGCCUCUGAAUAGCAGUCCUGGGCAUCACAAGUAGGGAGAGUUGCUCUUGAGCUCAGGCCCUUCUUUUGGGCUUCCCCUUUGGAGCAUCUGGUUGGGCACUGGACUUAGAAGCAUCUUUGGCCUGAUCCUGCGGCAGGGCUCUAGUUUGGGCCUUAUGGGCACUUGAGAAAACAACAACUUCCGCUCAGCAAUAUCAGGAAAAGAAUUCUGUUCCGCGCCUGUGGCGCAAAGCAAAACUACUCUGUGCAUGCUCAGUUAUUCUCACUAAAAAGCAUGUGCCGAUUCUGCUUAAGUGGGGAGGUGUUGCAAACUGGGUCUUCUCUAUCAGGGUUUUCAGAGUCAGCUGUCCUAACCAAGUCACAGAUGCUCUACAACGACCUUUAUCCCCAGACACAGGAAUAUUGGAAGGUGCCUUUACAACAGAGUCAGUCCCUUUGGUCCCCUUAACUCAGCGUUGUCUACUGACAGGCAGCAGGUCUUUGUGGUUUCAGGCAGGUGUCCCUCUUAGCUGUACCUGGAGACACCAUCAGGAAUGGAGCCUGGGAACCUCUGCGCACCAAGCAGAUGCUCUUAACCGCUGAGCUGUGUUCAUUUCUACCCCGCUCUUAACAUGAACACCCUUCUCCUUCUGCCCGCCCCCCCCCCCAGCUGUGUUGGAAGGAAAUGUUUGACUGGGUAGAUCCUGUCUUUCUCUCUCUCUCUCUCAAAAAAGAAAAAAAAAGUCAUUUUAGCGGCAGCUGGACUCGUGCUGAUAAGAAAAGACUUGGUUUCCUUCAUCCUCUCCACCCACUCUUUCCCUUUCAGUAUACGUGUCUGUUCUCCUCUACCCCACAAAAUUAAUCACCUGCAACUCGACUGAAAAACAUGUGUGUCAGCCUGGGCACCCCAAGCCCUCUCUGAAGGGCGAAUCGGUGUACGCUGCCAACUUUUCUUUCUUUUCAGUGCUCCUCCGUGUAUUAUUUCGCACCCGGCGUGUGUGCUUUUAUAGAAUAAUGUUAGUAAGCAGCAGCUGUGAGGUCUCUGCUCCCCCCUUCUGAUCGUGGUGUGAGCCAGCCAGGCCCUUUUUUCAAGUUACUCUGUUCUAUCCUUCUUCCCCAUUAUCCAUUCCGCCCAUGCAAGACCAGCCAGCACUGUAUGCUACUGAGCAUGCUCGGACCUGGGUACUUUUUGGGUGUGUGUGUGUUAUUUUCUUAAGACUUGCUGCGCUUCUGCAAAACUUGGGGUACCCUUCGCUCCUGCUGAUGCCUCCUUCUUGAGUGGUUCUGUCUGUGCUUCACCAGGUUCCAUGCUUAGAGAAUAAUUAAUAUAAUUUUGUACUAAAUAUGCAGGAUUUCUCCCUUAUUCCGCUCUCUCCCUGCCAUUUUUAGGGAGAGGAAAAGAACUCUCUCGCAGGGUUUACCGCUAUACAAAGGUAGGAAAAACACUGUAAAAGGCCAAAUUCCUGGCACAAGGCACUCAUCACAGAGGUGGCUUUCUCUCCCCCCCACCCCCGUUUUGGUAGGAGUUCUAAAUUUAGCAUCCCGUCAGGGAAACCUCAAUGACAGAUUUACACGCUGUAGUGUCUGUCACUAGCUGCAGUGUCACAUCCCAGGACGAUGGAGACGCUUUUCUUCAGGACGGAAGCCAGACAGUCCACAUCAACCAAACGGAUCCCGUUUGGUGGGAGGGAAGGGUGUGUGUGUGUGUGUGUGUUAGGAAUGAACAAACAAUGGGUUGUAGCCAACUAACAUUAACUUAGAGUGAAACCAAUGAAAUGGGUGGACAGGACUCACUUAGGCCUAUUCAUUUCAGUGGGCCUACUCGGAGUAAAAAUGCAAGCCAAACAUCUGAGAAUCAGGAUUACGGGAUGCCCAAAGGCCAUCUAGUCCGACCCCCUGCAAUCAAAGCUAAAGAAUCCCUGACAGAUGUUCUUCCAGCUUCAAACAGUUGUGUUUGCGACCCAUGACUGUUUUUUGAGGCCUGAAAAUUAGGUCUCCAUGCCUCCCCACCAAAUCAUCUGUCAGAGGCAGCUCCAAGCUAAAGCAGGUUAGACGACGUACUUGGCCACUGAGCCUAGUAUUUUCCUCUCUGGCUCGCAAAAUCUCCCUAGAGUCACAGGCAGAGAAGUCAUAUUUUUUCCCAAUUCCAUGUUAGCUUGACCCUUUCAGCUGCAAAUGUUGGAUGUUGACCCUGGGACCUUCUAACAUGCCAGGCAGGUGCUCUAGCACUGAGCAACGACCUUUCCCUUAAGACAUGGGAACAAAGGAAACUGUUUUGUACUGAGUCAGACCAUUAGGUCCACCUAACGCAGCACCGUCGGGCGUGGGGAACCUUUGGCCCCUCCACAUGUAUUUGGACUACAGCUCCCAUCAUCCCUCUCUCUUAGCCAUGUGGCUGGUGUCCAGCAACAUUUGGAGGGGGCCACAUAGGGAUUUUAACUUUGAGUUGAAAUCCCAUCCCAUCAUACCGUUAUGCCUGUCUCAUUAGCAGCAAACAAAGCCACACCCAUGAGAUCCAGGGGCAUGUUUAGUUAAGGCUAAAAUAGUUUUGACACAUGGGAUUUAAGGUUCUGAAGAUUCUGUGUUCCCUACUCUCUAGAUCAGCCUCUGCUAACCAGGCGCUUCCCACCCCUGGCACGCUGGCUGGGACUGAUGGGAGUUAUAGGGCACCGGGUGCAGAACGCAGGAAGUUGCCGAGUCAGGUCAUUGUUCCUUCUAGCUCAGUAUUGCUGGUGCUGGCUGGGCUUUGCAAGAUUUUGGGCAAGCUGUUUUUACCAGCCCUUGGGGACUGGGAAAUGCCGUUGGGGACUGAACCUAGCACAUUCCGCUUGUGCAGCAAGGUUCCCCACUGGGCCUAAUCCAGACCAAUCAAGUGUGCCACGCUAUUUCCCAGCAUGCCUUUUGCUUUGGCACUCUGAUUUAUGAGGAGAUAAUACUAAACCACAGAGCCCAGGGCUUGCCGAUCAGAAGGUCGGCAGUUCGAAUCCCCGCGACGGGGAGAGCUCCCAUUGCUCGGUCCCCGCUCCUGCCAACCUAGCAGUUCGAAAGCACGUCAAAGUGCAAGUAGAUAACUAGGUACCGCUCCGUCGGGAAGGUGAACGGUGUUUCCUUGCGCUGCUCUGGCUCGCCAGAAGUGGCUUAGUCAUGCUGGCCACAUGACCCGGAAGCUGUACGCCGGCUCCCUCGGCCAAUAAAGCGAGAUGAGCACCGCAACCCCAGAGUCGUCCGCAACUGGACCUAAUGGUCAGGAGUCCCUUUACAUUUACCUUUAAUACUUCUGUUGCUCUGUGCUCUAAAUGGUUUCAGUUGAGAUUCCUGCAUUGCAAGGGGUUGGACUAGAUAACCCAUUGAGGUGCCUUCCAACUUCACGAUUCUGUGACCAGGAUUGUACACCAGCCUGUUCUGCAUGUAGCCACCUUCUGAAGUUCAAAACUUGUGGGAAAGUUUCCUGUCUCUCCACCGUUCCGCCCCCGCUUUCCUUCUAAUUUCACUCCCCUCCCCCUUCCCAGUUAACUCUGGAGGGGCUCGGAAUUAGAGCAGAAACAUUAUUAUGAUUAUGAUUAUGAUUUCUUAGAAAUGGUUUCCCUUCCUCCAGAAAUGUCAAAACAAGGGGGCUCAUCCGGACAGCUCCAUUUGCAAGGACCACCUAGCUUUUAUGUUUGCCGAUAAACCAUACGGAAAAUGUGGAGGCGAGAGAAUGAUAAUGCCUCUUGUAAACAAUCUGAAUGGCCGAGGAAAGAACUUGGCCUUUAGAACUAUGUAAGCUUUUUAAAACAAAAAACAAAAACAAAACAAGAAGGAGAAAUUGGCAUGAGAGUGAGUCAGUUUGAUUUGGGACUAAGGACAGCUGCAAGUCUACCCCAAGCAUACGAGAUUGCAUUCUGGCUGAAAUAGGUACCCACCCUGGUCACAAACAUUCUGAACAAAACAUAUCCUGAAACAGCAACUUGCAGAACUGUAGAUCUGAGCCAUUUGUCUAAGGAAAUACUGUAAUGGAAGGAGCUUGCACUAGAGUUUACCUUCAGGCCUUCUUGUUUCUUUCAAAGCAAGGGCAAGGACAAAGAGCAUCUGGGAAAUUAAUGAGGCAACAAUAAGGCUUUCAAGUUUGCUUGCGGCAGAUUUAGGAUAGGUGAAGUUGGGGAAUUUGGCAAAGAAUCAAGCGGAGGCUGGGUACUUCUUUCCUUUCUUUUGAUGGGGUCCCUGCUUCAUGCUAGCCAGUAUAGACAGCAGCACUUCUUUGCAUGAUUGCCUGCCUUUCUCUCUGAAAGCCAAAGGUUGGGUUUCAGCUGGCAGAGGAGCUUUUGUGAAAGCUCAAAUGUGUUCUGCAAGUUGAACCUAGGCAGCCAGCAGGAAACAUAUUGUAGAGUCCAAUGGAGCUUACUCCUAGGCAGCUAUAGAUAAGACUGAAGUUAUGCUGAUCCAAGUAAAUUGCCUAUUGUGCAUUGCUGCUGAGUACUAUACUCUGCCCAUGUUUGCUCCUGGUCCCACCUACCGCUAACAUGUGGUCCUUGGAAUAUUGCCCAGAAGGAAAUGUGGCCCUCAGGCUGGAAAAAGGUCCCCAGACCCAGCUAUAAAUCCCCUGCUCAGGAGCAUCCAGAAAUACCCGACUGACCACUCUUGGAAGCAGUGAACUGGGCUAUGUGGUCAGCCACUUCCUUUAUCUGACCAGAUUCAGCCUUUUAAUCUCAUUUCAAAGUCCUAAUAGCUGCUCUUGAUUGGCUGCAUCUCUUUGAUACCAGCUAAUGGUGCUGCCUUGCACUCCGUCUUCCUUAUGGCCUUUUCUUCCUGGUGUGCUAGAACAUUAAUCCGUGAUGUUCAGCCACUCUGUCUCAUCCUUAAGUCUCAUUAAACCUCAUUAUCUGGUUCUUUCAGCUGUGGCAAAACAAUGUUUAGAGGGGCAAUUCUUUGCCUUGCCGAAAGCUGCCUUUUCUGGAGAGGGUCCUGGUUACAGAGCAGGGCAUUGCGCCACUGCUGCCAAUCGUAUCAGGCCCCAUUCACACCACUCAUGUAAAGCAUGACGAUACCACUUUAAAACAGUUGUGGCUUCCCCCAAAGGAUUCUGGGACCUGUGGUUUGUUAAGGAUGGUGAUGGAUUUUAGGAAGCCCCUAUUCUCCCACACAGAAUACAAUUCCCAGAAUCCCCUGGGAAGAGGGAUUGGCCGUUAAACCACUCUGGGAAUUCCACUGAGGAGGAAUAAGGGUCUCCUCAAAACUCUCAACAUCCUGAGCAAACUGCAGCUCCCAGAAUCCUUUGGGGGAGGGAACUAAUGACUGCUCAAAAUAAUAUCACAGGGCUUUAAAUGCAUGGCGUUAAACGUGGCCUCAGAGAUCUGGGCUGAAAUUUAGAACUGGGCUUUCUGGCAUGAAUUCGGGGAGGGGGGCAGGUACCCCUGUGCAUUUUACUGCAAAAAAUCCAUUUGAGAAAAUAAAAUGGGAAAGGGGGUAGGUGUGUUUGAUCUGCUCUCAUUGCACAACAUACAUUUGCUUGUAUGCGAUUGAGCCCCACCUCCCCACUUGAAAACAGGAAGUGGCCUAAAUUCGGUGCUCGAAAAUUACAAGGCCUGCCUCUCUCCUCGGCCUGAUCGCUUCUUGGCAUGGACUUCAAAAGCCUUCUAGCCUCGGCCAGAACGAUCAGCUUCACAUACCUCUGUCUCUGCCGGUGUCUCGCAGCAGCUAUCAGCAGUCUUCCUCUCCUGUAAGCGCUGUGGAUCUGGGCCCAUAACCCUGUUGUUGGGAUACUGCCGGGGAGACGGGGGCAUUUGGCAGGCCCCCAGCUGGCUCCAGCCACUGGCCGGCAGCCGGGCAAUCUCCGUGUCAAUCAAUGACACGAGCCUCAUAUACGUUUAGAGACUCGGCACACUCUUAUCAGCAGAGUGAAUAACUUCUCACAACGGAAGUGGCAGACAGAGACAUGUGUAAGCGUUAUUUACAGGCGUUUAUUCAGCGUAGUUCAGGAACAAAGGAAAAACAUGUCUGCUUCCCUUCGUCUCCAGCAAACAGCAAUACAAAAGCAAUAUACAAAUGGAAGUUCCCAGCAGACCUGUGCUGGAAGUAAACAGUCAUGUGAUACACAACAGUCAUGCCUGCUCCUUCUAAGGUGGAAUUGAACUAUAUCCUAACAGUCUGCACAUGUUGUGGCAAUGGAUUCCCAAGUAUGCAAAGUAUGGAGAAGGGUGUGUGUUGGGGGGAUGAGGGCCCUCCUCUCCAAUGGGUCUCUGCCCCCAAAGCAGCAUCUCUAUGGAAGACAUUACAUCUGGAAAAGUGCCAAAAUCGCCACUUGCAUUCCCUGUGAGGCGAGUUGCUGUUUGUGGGCUUCCCAUAUAGGUCCCUGGUUGGCUUCUGCGAAAAUAGGAUGCUGGACUAGGUGGGCCUUUGGCCUGAUCCAGCAACCAGCAGGCGGCUCUUUAUGGUCACCGAAAUGACUCUGCACUAAUUAUAUCAACUUACAUUUUGUUUGAUUGCCGGAAGCUUCCUCCAAGUGUUUUGGGAGAGGCAGGUUCUAUAAAUAUUUGGACCAUUUUUGUAGCAUCCGCUUAAAACAUAUACAAUUUGGAGUUGUUUACCACCCUAAGAACCUUCCAAUCCCCUUAACCUCCUUCCUUUCGGCUCCAUCAAAAGGGCCGUGCAACAUUUUUCUUUUUUAAAAACCUUUCUUUGCUUUUAUUUUCUCUUAUUAAAGUAAUCACUCACUCUGUUGCAAGCCAGGACAUUAAGAGGAGGAGAGUCCUGACCCUUUUUGACAACCUUAUUUCAGAGCUAAUGGCAUUAAAACUGGUUGCCUGGUGCUAUUUUAAGCUGGCUCCCUCUUCCUUCCUGGUGAUCUUCCCGUCGCUGAGCAGUGAGUCAUUCGCUGUGUGAUGGUCAGAUGCCUUUUCUAGUUUUUCGGCUGCAAUGGAGUGAUAGCGGGCUGGUCAAUGGAUUCUUUGUUGAUGGGUUGCAUUGAUAUCCCCACCUUUUCCAUCACGGAGUUCAAGGCGGUAUUCAUAGUUCUUCUGCUCUCCAUUUUCUCCUCACAACAACCCUGUGAGGUAGAUUAGGCUGGCCACUCCCAGUUCACUUCAUGGCCGAGUGGGGAUUUGAACUCUGGUCUCCGAGGUACUAGUGCUAUACUCUAACCACUGCUCUGUAGAUGAAGUUGUGUGUCAGGUAAACUGGUCCAUUAGGGUGGAAGUGGCACUGCAGAUUUAUUUAUUUCAAAGCCUUUAUACAGUGGUUGCUUGUAAUCAAAGCUGUAAGUAAUGGUUGGCAAACUAAGGCCCGGGGGCCAGAUCCGGCCAAAUCGCCUUCUCGAUCCGGCCCGCGGACGGUCUGGGAAUCAGCCUGUUUUUACCUGAGUAGAAUGUGCCCUUUUAUUUAAAAUGCACCUCUGGGUUACUUGUGGGGCCUGCCUGGUGUUUUUACAUGAGUAGAAUGUGUGCUUUUAUUUAAAAUGCAUCUCUGGGUUACUUGUGGGGCAUAGGAAUUCAUUCAUUUCCCCCCUCAAAAUAUAGUCCGGCCCCCCACAAGGUCUGAGGGACAGUGGACCGGCCCCCUGCUGAAAAAGUUUGCUGACCCCUGCUAAGUGGUUUAUGAAAUAAAAAUGCAAGUGUUAGAAGGAGGUAUUUUAAGAAUGCUUAAAAGAGAAUUAAAAUAAACUGUAAGCAGAUUGGAAGGCAGGUUUGCAUUCUGUCAGUUAUAUCCAGGGCUGGUUUUCAGAAUAGACCAACUGAAAUUGAUGGACGUAAGUUCAUUCAUUUCCAUUGGUGUACUCUACUUAAGACUAGCAUUGGAGGCUACCUGUUUUUCUGGAUAUGCUGUUGGCCUAAACAAAAAAUGUUUCAGGGAGAUUCCUAUAAAGAAUAGAUGGGGGUUCUUUCCUGACGCCAAUAGACAGGGAGUUCCAAAGUGCUACAGCAGAAAAUAAAAUGACCUGGCUUUGAUGGAUAUCUGUGUAUGGCAAGAGGGAAUCUCUCACUGACACCUUGCACAUUAGGGUGUGUUGAAUUUUUCAACUUUCAAACUCCCAAAUGAGGGGUGCUGAAAAGUUGUAGCAUGACUUGGGAAUUCGAAAGAUACUUGGGUUAAAUGGAUAUAAUUUAGUUUUGAUUGGUAAGUAAAAUGUAUGUAAGAUUGCACAGAAAUCGUUAAACAUGAUUCCCAAGUUUUCCAUUUAUAUUAAACAGUCGUACCUGGGAAGUCGAACAGAAUCCGUUCCAGAAAUCUUAACACUGUAUAUCUGACCUGGCGUCAACACCCAGCAUCCUCGACCCCAACCCAUUGUUACUGACCCCAACCCUGGACCCCUUUUUAAACCCAGACUCAGCAGCUGAGUGCCACCAUCUUAAUUUCCUGCAUUGCCCUGAGACAGUGUUGCUCUGUAGGUAUUAUGGCAAAUUAAAAUGGUGGCUCAUUCAGAGUACUGCCGCUGCCCACCACUGUCAGGUGAGCCCAUGAGGUAGCACAGAGGUAGGAAGGAGCCCAUCAAACUUGGAAUCAACUCUGCUCUGUACUCCAUAGGAACCUGUGUCCCUUGAGACAACAGUUCCCCACAUCCCCAGCUGCCAUGAGCAAUGAUCCUAUAUGGGUGCUGUGAAUCAGGCAUAGGCAAACUCAGCCCUCCAGAUGUUUUGGGACCACAACUCCCAUCAUCCCUGACCACUGGCCCUGUUACCUAGGGAUGAUGGGAGUUGUAGUCCCAAAACAGCUGGCGGGCCGAGUUUGCCUAUGCCUGCUCUAGAUGUUGUUUGACUGCAAACCACCCCCCUUCCUUAAGGGAAUGGAUAACAAUUCCCCUAGUUUCCUCUGGAACUCACUCCCACAAGAAGUAAAGCCACCAAGUUGGCUGGCUUUAAAAGAGGCUGAAAUAAAUUUGUGACAGAGAAGGCCAUGAAUGGAUACUACCUGUGACGGCCCAUGUUCUGCCACCAUUCGAAGUAAAUAUUCCUCUGAACGUCACUUCUUGGGAAUCACAAGUGGGGAGAGUUGUUGCGCUCAGAUCCAUCUUGCAGGCUUAUGGCCUCUCCGGUGACUUCCCUCAUCUUCCCUCUCUGGUUUGUUACAAAAAUUGUUAUCUUCUGCAUGUUAAUAUACACAAAAUAUCAUUACAUUAUCUUCCUCCAUGUUUUAAUUAAAUAAAAUUGUGGGUGUUUAUUCAAAACCUGCCAAUGAGUCCAAUUCUUUAUGUUAUUUUUGUAAAUAAACUGUGAAAGAUUCCCAUUCAUUUUUAAAGUUUCUAUUGUCCUUUUCAUGCAGUUUAUCUGUUAACUUUUCUAAUUCUGCAUAGUUCCUCAAAUUUUCUUGCCAUUGUUCUUUCGUUGGUACUUCUUCUUUCUUCUACCCUUGAGCUAAUAAGAUUCUUGCCGCUGUUGUAGCAUACAAAAGCAUUUUCCAUUUUUCUUUCAGCAGUUCUUGACCAGAAAUGCCUAGCAAAAAGGCUUCUGUUGUUGUUUUUUUAACAAAUGUUAUUUUAAACAUUUUUUUCAGUUCGUUGUAUAUCAUUUCCCAGAAGUUUUUUUUAAACAAUUUUACAUUCCCACCACAUAGAGCUCUCCUUAUUUUAUUGUGUUCUGAAAUAAAACAAUCAGCAAAUGGGGUUGUUUUUUUUAAAGAUAUUUAUUGAAGUUUCAAAAAAAGAUUACAUAGAUAAGAACAAAAAAUAAAAAAUAAAGAAAAGAAAAAUACAAAAUACAAAAAAAGCACAAUUAAAAACGUUUCCAUCUUUUCAUCAAAUGUCUUUCAUUUACUUGUUUCCCGGACCUCCUCAUGCCUCCCUUUUUUGUAUUCCAGUUCAAUUUAUUAGUUCAGCAAUUCCUUUCCCUCCUUAUUUUAUCCUGAUCUUUAAUCUUAAUAUAUUAUGGCGUUAAAUUUUUACGUAUUGAAAAUCCAAUUUUUCCAUAUUCUUUUAUACCAUUACAGCUAGAAACCACUUAACUUCAAUCCAACAUCAUUCUAACAUUCAUUAAUUUUACAAUAUUUCUGUAAAUAGUCUUUAAAUUUCUUCCAAUCUUCUUCCACUGACUCUUCUCCCUGGUCUCGGAUUCUGCCAGUCAUUUCCGCCAAUUCCAUGUAGUCCAUCAUUUUCAUCUGCCAUUCUUCCAGAGUGGGUAAAUCUUGUGUCUUCCAAUACUUUGCGAUAAGUAUUCUUGCUGCUGUUGUGGCAUACAUAAAAAAAGUUCUGUCCUUCUUUGGCACCAAUUGACCGACUAUGCCCAGGAGAAAGGCCUCUGGUUUCUUCAAGAAGGUAUAUUUAAAUACCUUUUUCAAUUCAUUAUAUAUCAUCUCCCAGAAAGCCUUAAUCCUUGGGCACGUCCACCAAAGGUGAAAGAAUGUACCUUCAGUCUCUUUACAUUUCCAACAUUUAUUAUCGGGCAAAUGGUAGAUUUUUGCAAGCUUGACUGGGGUUAUGUACCACCUGUAUAUCAUUUUCAUAAUAUUCUCUCUUAGGGCAUUACAUGCCGUAAACUUCAAAGCUGUGGUCCAUAACUGUUCCCAGUCAGCAAACAUAAUAUUAUAUCCAACAUCUUGUGCCCAUUUAAUCAUAGCAGAUUUCACCGUUUCAUCCUGAGUAUUCCAUUUCAACAGCAAGUUAUACAUUCUUGACAAAUUCUUAGUUUUGGGUUCUAACAGUUCUGUUUCUAGUUUUGAUUUUUCCGCCUGGAAGCCAAUUUUCUUGUCCAAAUUGUAUGCCUCCAUUAUCUGAUAAUAAUGAAGCCAGUCUCGCACUUUGUUUUUUAGUUUUUCAAACCCAAACAGCAAAUGGGUUUUGGAGGCAGGGCGUGGGAGGGGAACCAAGCCAAUGCCGGCCACAGGUGCCUCAGAGCUAUGCAAAAUAAUCAUUUGUGGGAUCUAUAUUAAGGCUGCAUCUGCCUAGGGGAAGCCCAGAGGACGUAGAACCACCCGUGAGCUCAUCACAUUUGAUAGCAAUGAGCCACCACCACGAUGACCUGGUUUCAUCCGAUGCACACAGAGACUCUUAAGUCUCUGCCCAGAUACCAACCUAGAGGGACUUCCGAAAGCUUUCCACUGAGAAUGCUCAGGUGCGAUUGUUACAGAUGCAGGGAGUCUUAACUUUCCAUUCCCAUUUUUUUUAAUAUAAAAAAAGCAAAAGUGGGGAGAUUUGCUGUCCUGUUUGCUAGCUUCCCGUAGUUAUCUAGCUGGCCACUGUGGGAACAGCAUGCUGGACUAGGUGGAAUUUUUGACCUGGUCCAACUUCUUAUAUUCUACUUGGAUGGCUUUAAAAGUGGGGUUGAUAAAUUCAUGGAGGAUAAGGCUUGUCGGUGGCUACUUGCCACAAUGGCUAUGUUGUAGGCCAGCAUCGGAGGCAGGAUACUGCCCAAUACAAGUUCCUGGGAAUUGCAAGAAGGGACAGUUGCUGUUGUUGGCUGGCAACUGUAAGAACAGGAUCCUGGGCUAGGUGGGCCUUUGAGCUCAUCUAGCAGGACUGUUCUUAAGUGUGUAUCCAUCUCCUAUCCCUGGAAGAAUGCUCUGUGUCAUCUUUUUAUUAAUGCUGUGGUUCUCUUCUGCUUUUCUCUCCCCCCCCCCAACCUCAAGGUGGUUUCACCCAAACAUCAAUGGCAUUGAAGCGGAGAAGUUGCUGUUAACCCGAGGAGUCCAUGGGAGUUUUUUAGCCCGGCCUAGUAAAAGCAAUCCGGGAGACUUCACCUUAUCUGUCAGGUAUGAAAUGUUCAAAAACAACAACUUUGGGGUGGAUGGGCCAGCUUGGAACCAACAGCAUGGUGCCAUGUUCUCAGCGGAACAAAUUCUGAGUGUAACGAAUCUGAAGGAGAGUCUCCACCCCAAUCAUUCAGCCUGGACGCUGAGGUCUAGCUUGGAGGGCCUUCUGGCAGUUCCCUCACUGCAAGAAGCCAAGUUAGAGGGAACCAGGCAGAGGGCCUUCUCGGUAGUGGCACCCGCCCUGUGGAACACCCUCCCACCAAAUGUCAAAGAGAACAACUACCAGACUUUUGAAGACAUCUGAAGGCAGCCCUUAGGGAAACUUUUAAUGUUUGAUGCAUUACUGUAUUUUAAUAUUUUGUUGGAAGCCACCCAGAGUGGCUGGGGAAGCCCAGCCAGAUGGGCGGGGUAUAAAUAAAUAAAUUAUUAUUAUUAUUAUUAUUAUUAUGCAACAUCAAAACAUUUGCUGUGCCCUCACCUUCAGUACACAUCAGACAUUAAGUUUUUCUGCUCACCCGCAAGAAGGAUGGAAAGACCAGUGGCAGAGCUGCUACUCUGCAUGCAGAAGAUACAACCAGGCAGGGCUGAAAUUCUGGAGAGACUUUGCUGGUCAGUGUAGACCAAUGUUUCCCAAACUUGGGUCUCCAGCUGUUUCGGGACUACAGAUCCCAUCAUCCCUCACCACUGGUCUUGCUAGCUAGGGAUGAUGGGAUUUGUAGUCCCCAAACAGCUAGAGAUUCACGUUUGGGAAACAUUGGUGUAGACCAAUGAUAGCCAACUGGUGCCUCACCUCCACAAGCUACCAGCUUGGGUUGCUUUCAAAGAGGACUAGACAAAUUAAUAGAGGGGAAGGCUAUCAGUGACUGCUAGCCAGGACUGGUGAUACUCUGCCUCCAUGGUCAGAGGCAGAAACACAUCUGAAUAACAGUUUUGUUUUGUUUGAAAGUUGCAGGAGAAAGAGAGGGUCCUGCAAAACGAAACUGUUUUGAUCAGGUGAAAAAGAACUCUUGUGCGAGAGAUGAGGCGCUCUGCGCAUGCUCAGAGGCACACACUGCAUGGGGUGCUAGCGUUCUUGCAUCUGCAAGUUGGCCAGCUUCCUCGGGGCUGCUGCCAAACCAUCCGGUGAUCUCAGGGCAGAGUCCGCCGGCUUGGAAAAACCCCUCUUGAUCUUUCCAAACCUCUGAAUGUUUAGCUGCUUGUGGGGGGAGGGCAGGGAAUAAGCUCAUCCACUUACAGCUGUAGCUGGAUCUCGGUAAAUAAUUUAAGGAGCAGGAAUUGGUGCUCUGUGUAUUUCUGUAAGAGGUGUUUGGGCUGCAAGCCAGCCUUCGGGGAAACGCAAGCGCCAAGGAAAGGGAGUUUGAAGAGCCUCUGGACGAGGAAUCCAUUUAACAUGGAAAACGGGGGACGUUUUCUAAGAGCGGCUCUCAUGUUCUUGGCUGCAGCUAUAAUGCAGAUUAUUUCAGGGGGAGUGGGGAGGAGAUAUUGCUAGAUAAUAGUGUGCCUCCUCUUCCACAUUGUCACAUGGCUACAGAAAUUUCCCUUUGUGAAAGUGGCCCCUAUUUGCUUACACACUAAGCAGGCGCAGGAAUAUUUUUGUUAUUGUUACAUUCCCCCACUCUCCCCUCCCCCCAAAGCUCCAAGUACAGUGGUACCUCAGAUUAAGUACUUAAUUGGUUCCGGAAGUCUGUACUUAACCUGAAGCGUUCUUAACCUGAAGCGGACUUUCCCAUUGAAAGUAAUGGAAAGUGGAUUGAUCCGUUCCAGACGAUGAAAAAACACCCCCUAAAACAGCAAUUUAACACUAAUUUUACUGUUUCACGAGACCAUUGAUCCAUAAAAUGAAGGCAAUAAUCAAUGUACUGUAUUAUAAAAUAAAUAAGACAGUAUUUUAGAUGAAAAAAAAUUAUUUCCAAACUCACUGUUUGGAGGGGCUCAGGGUCCUCUUCCACAAUCACAAUCGGCUUGGCUCCCUGCAUUCGCGGAGGCCUCAGAGAGCUCCGUAGGCCCCGCUGAUGUCUGGGUUUCCCACCAGGCAGCGGCGAGGCCUCCGAGAGCUUGGACAACUUACUUCCGGGUUACAAUCGUUCGUAACCCGAAAAAACGUAAGUUGAAGCGUUCGUAACCCGAGGUACCACUGUAUUGAAAGACUCCAAGAGUUGCAGUGCUAUCCUAGAAUUUGGUUUCCUUUGAAUGGACCAGUGGAGAUUCUGGUGCCUGUAGUAGGUUUUAGUUACACAUAGAUACAGCCUAAGCCUAGGAUGGAAGUACUCACAGCAUUAAGACCCCCAGAUACCUUCCUUCUCCAUCAGUUGCUGCUCUGGAUCCUGCACAGAGCAAGCACAUCUCUGCAUCUCCAGCCUCAGGCUCCUCUCUCUGAUGUCUGUUCUCCUGCCUAGCAGCCAAUUCUGUGGAACUUUUAUUCCUAGACUUCUCUGGGGAGCCAGUGUGGUGUAGCGGUUAAGAGCGGUGGACUCGUAAUCUGGUGAACUGGGUUCGCAUCUCCGCUCCUCCACAUGCAGCUGCUGGGUGACCUUGGGCUAGUCACACUUCUUUGAAGUCUCUCAGCCCCAGCCACCUCACAGAGUGUUUGUUGUGGGGGAGGAAGGGAAAGGAGAAUGUUAGCCGCUUUGAGACUCCUUCGGGUAGUGAUAAAGUGGGAUAUCAAAUCCAAACUCUUCUUCUUCUUCUCUCUCCUCGCGACUAUCCUGCGAGGUAGGUUAGGUUGGGCGGGAUAUGAACUCGGGUCCCUGCAGUCCUCUUUACCGCUCCCCUCGCUGUCAUGAGCUCCAACCAGCAGGUGAACACAUUUCCCACCCCCCUCCACUGUGAGUCUUACAAGGAACAGUUUUGGCCUCCGUCAAACACGGUAGUGAUAGAGACACCUGUGUGCGUUUUUGAGGGCAGCACGGAUUUAUUGCCGAUCGGCAGGCAAGGGCACCCCAUCCCGGCAUUCUUGGCAGUUCAGCUUUCAUAUCUAAGAGAGCUUUUGAGGUAAUUAGCAGCUGCAGCUGUGUGCUUCGGAGAGGAAAAGAGAGCCGUCUUCCUUUCUAAAACCGCGCCAAGACGGAUCUGAGGGCGACGGAGGUUCUUCUCCCGCGAAGCGAAAUUUGCAGCCGCAGCCGUUUUCAUGUAAUUAUUUAAUCCAGCUGCUGGUUUGGAGAGGGACCCUGCCGCCUUCGCUCAAUAGCUGCCUCUGUGGCGAGGCCACAGGUGUCCCUUCUUUGUGCAGAAGCGAUUUUGGCAUCAAACAAAUUGAGCGUGACUCCACGGAAGCAUUGUCGGGCGUUUAGAUGUAGGCGGUUCUGGCAGAGAAGCAUUUGUGUGGUGGCCUGGUCAUUUGCAAAGGAUUGUGUGUAAUUUCCUCUUUUAUUCCCCCACCCCCACCCCAGUUUUAGAACUGCACACUUUUUUUCCAGGUGCUAGCAUAGCCUGCCCAUUUAAAAAUAUUUCCCUUGCUUUUACCACAUUCAUUCUCAGCUCAGUAAUGCUCCAGGAUCAUGCAGGAGCAAUCGUGUCAAUGAGCAUACAAGAUGCCAGAAUGAAAGAUGAGGUUGCUGGAUCAGGCCAGUGGCCCCUCUAGCCCAGCAUCCUGUUCUCACAGUGCCGACCAGAUGCCUGUGGGAAAACCCACAAACACGGUUUGAGCACACAAGCUCUUGUGGUUUCAAUGCAGAGCCAUUGUGGCUUGCAGCCAUCAGUGGCACUCUCCUCCCUGAGAGAAUCUGCUUAUAAAGCCAUCCAAGUUGGGGUGCCAUCACUGCCUCCUGUGGCAGUGAGUUCCAUAGUUUCAGUGCUUUGCAAGCAGACGGUCCCCAGUCCAGUCCCUGGCAUCUGGGAGAGACUCUGGUCUGCAAACUUGCGAUAUUUGGGUUUGAAGAUUGAAAAAAUACUGGUUUCUGGAAAGUAGAAUCUUAUUGUGGAGCAAAUGUUUCGAAUAAUCCUUUAUAUGUAACUGACAGAUGAAGAACUGGAAGCCCUCUUUCCUUUCUUUCUUUCUUUCUUUCUUUCUUGCUUGCUUGCUUGCUUGCUUGCUUGCUUUCUUUUCCUUCCUUCCUUCCUUCCUCCUUUCCUUCCCUCCCACUUUUCUUUUUUCUUUCUUUUCUGAUUUUUUCUCCCCCCCCAUGCAUGCUUCUCUCUCUUCUUUUUCUGCUUUUGUUUUCAUAUAGAUUAGUUUUUGUAUCAUUAAAAAGCUUUAACAAUGACAACAAUAAUGCAAAGAAAGACACCGGUCUGUGAUACCCCAGAGGGAUGCUGGACACCCCAUAAUAUGCUUUCCGGUUUUUUAAAACUUCAUUUAACAGGUUAGGAAGGAAACAGUGGUUUGUGAGCAACUUUCUGUCGUCUUCUUUCUAGCAUGGAACGGGUUAAUCCCAUUUGGCUAUUAGCAGUGCUGAGAGCACAGGCGCAGUCCCAUUGGGGACCCUUUCUGGCCUUUUCUCCCCUCCCUGGCUUUCCUAAGAGGAGGGAGGCUAAUUGCAUUUAAAGGCACUUAAGAGGCUGCCUGCCUGCCUGCUGAGCUGGCCCCUUUAGGCUUCCAGACGCCUGAUGGAUGAGUUCAGUCUGGGAGGGGUUGUCUGCUUCUAAAAAGCUUGGUGGGCCAGUGAAUUUGGUCACUCCCAGUUGCGGGACUCCAGUAAGAUUGACAGCAGGGGACUCUCCCCUAAGAGCUGGGCUCAUUUAGGAACACAGGAAACUUCCUUAUUAUACUGAAUUAGGCCUUUAUUCAGAGUCUUUAUUCAUAGUGCUGACAAAUGCCAAUACUAUUUUAAAAACAAAAAAAUGCACAUUAAACAAAACCAAACAAAACCUUGCAUCGGUUUCUGACCCUCCUGGCUGUGCAGAUAUUCUGAUGCUGAUGUUUAUCCCACUUUUGAUUUAGUUAUUAUUUAUUGAAUUUAUAUCCUUCCCUUCCUCCCCUGGGAGCCCAGAGCGGCAAACAGAUACUCAAUUUUUAAAAAGAAAGCAUUUUAAAACAAAUGAAAGCAUUCUACAAAAAAACCAAUUGCAAACGUCUAAAAGCAGUUAUGGUCAGAAACGUUCUUCCGUCCAGUGAUUUUGGGGUUGCCAGGAACAGGGUUGUUCAGCCAGGGGGAGCAGGAAUGCAUUUCCUUCUGAAGGUAAAUGAAGGGCAUUCCACAACCGGGGAGCCAUCACUGAAAAGGCCCUGUCAGUAUCAACGGGGAAGUCCCUGGUGCUGGCACUUGAUCCAGGAAUCUCAGAGCAGCGUGCGUGAUUCUACCCCCCCACACACCAAAUUUGUCUUUACAACAAGUGUGCAAGGAGAGAGAGAGAGAGAAAGAGACUGACCAGAGUCCCUCAGAGAGCUUCAAGGCCAAGUGAAGAUUUGCACCUGAAUGUCAACCUACCACUCUGCCUCAUGUAGCCUCUUGCUUCCAGGGUUUGUUUUGCAAACAGGUGUUACAAUCAGUUUUUAGCUCAUUUUUAGAUCCCACUUUUCCUCCCCACACAAGAACCCUGUUUGGUAGAGUGACAAUGAGUGACACAUAAUCUUCAGGGCUUGGUGGGGUUUUGAACCCAAAGCCACAUUCACACCAUACCUCUCAAGCAUCACAAUGUCACUUGGAACAGUUAAGUCUUCCCCCAAAGAUUUAUGGGAGCUGUAGUUCGUUAAGGGUGCCAAGAACGGUUAGGAAACCUCUGUUCCCUUCACAAUAUUACAUUUCCCUGGGAAGGGGGUCUGGUAGUUAAACCACGCUGGGGACUGUAGGCAAGUAGCGUGUGCAAAAAUGCAUAUACUGGGGUCAAGGGUGCAUAUAAUAAACACAUAUACUGGUGAAAAUAACAUGGAAAAGUGCUUUAUAUCACAGGAAACCACGUUGCAAAAAUAUGUACUGUAUUUUUCGCCCUAUAGGACGCACUUUUUCCCCUCCAAAAAUGAAGGGGAAAUGUGUGUGCGUCCUAUGGGGCGAAUGCAGGCUUUUGCUGAAGCCUGGAGAGCGAGGGGGGUCGGUGCGCACCGACCCCUCUCGCUCUCCAGGCAGCUAUCCACUAGCCGUGGGAGAGCUUGCCGGCACCCAGAAGCUUGGGGCGCGCUGAGCUCAGCACGCCCCAAGCUUCGGGUUUCGCGCAGCUCUACGCUAGCCGUGGGAGAGCAGCCUGUUCUGGGGGCUGGGGUCAGGGGAAGCUCGGGCUUGCCCCGCCCCAGCCCCGCACCUGGGGGGGGAAAUAAUAUUUUUUUCUUUAUUCCCCCCCCCCAAAAAAAUACUAGGUGCGUCCUAUGGGCCGGUGCGUCCUAUGGGGCGAAAAAUACGGUAUAUUAGGCAGUGCAAAAUGAGCCCUAAAAUGCUGAUCAUUUUUCAUGAUUCUAAACCCCCCCCCCAAAAAAAAACCAAGUUCACAAAUAGAUGUGGAAAUGUAGGGAACCUAAGCUUGGGGGGGGGGGAAUGGAUUUGCCCCCAUCCACCAUUUGCCCUUGGGCUGGUUGUUUGAUAGGUCACUGAAUAUGAUGCUUUUGUUUGUCUUUAUACCCAGCGUUACAAAUUCUGUUCUCUUCUUUCUCCUGCUCGCCACCGCUUUCCGGCUCCAGGAGGAAUGACGAAGUCACCCACAUCAAAAUCCAGAACUCUGGGGACUACUACGACCUGUAUGGCGGGGAGAAGUUUGCCACGUUGGCGGAGCUGGUCCAGUAUUACACUGAACAGCAGGGUCUCCUGCGAGAAAAGAACAGCAACAUCAUUGAGCUGAAGUUUCCUCUCAACUGCCAAGAUCCCACCUCGGAGAGGUGAGCUGGGAGCUCCUGUCCCAGAUGCUCUGUUUGCAUGCUCUCAUACUGACCUUCCCUGGGCACUGUCCUGGCCUACCUUAUAGGGUGGUUGUGAGAGAGACGGAACAUGCGUGUAAACUGCUUUGAACUUCAAGUGUCGUAUAAAUGCAAAGAAUCAUAGUUUCUGCUGCUGCUUCCUAGAUCAGGGCUGUGUCCCUCCAGCUGUUUCUGGACCCCAGUGGCCAGGGAUGAUGAGAAUUGUGGUCCAAAAGCAGCUAGAGACCUGGAUUUGGGAAACCCUGACCUAGAGGGUCACAGGCUUCCGGAGAAUGGGGAGCCUGUGGCCCUCCAGGGGUUGCUAGACUCCAGCUCCCAUCAGCCUUAGCUAGCAUAGCCUCUGAUCAUGGAUGAUGGAAGUUGGUGUCCAACAAUAUCUGAAGGGCCACAGGUUCUCCUUGUCUGUUAUAGAAGCAGCUCUCAGCAUGCUGCUGUGUUAAGAGCCCCUUCCUGUACCAGUUGGACAGCUCCGUUAGGCUUACCCAGCACUUUCUGAUCAGGUGGGCACCAUGUUUAUUUCCCACAAUGCCUCUGGUGUAGAAUCACUCUGGGGCUUUGUGGGGGAUUUAAAAUGGCAGCAUCCUGACACUGAGGAAGAAUAUUAAGGAAUGGGGAGGAGAAUAGGGCAGGAGUCUCUGGCAGGUCCUGGCAUCUGCUUGGCGAUACCAGACCUGGGCCCUGGGUCUGUUGGCAAAUUUGGGCCCCACCUGUGUUAUCCAUGUAUUGUACCACUUUAAAUAGUCACGCUUCCUCCAAGGAAUCCUGGGAAUUGUAGUUUGUUAGGGGUGCUGAGAGUCCUUAGAAGACUCCAUCGCCUCACAGAGCUAUAAUUGGCAUCGUAAUUGUUGAUUUAUUAAUUGCUUUCUGAGCCAUGGUCUCAAGGCGAUUUACACAUAAAUUAACUAAAGUAUUAAAAAGCUAGUUUAAGUUCCUAGAGUGGUUUAACGAUCCCUCUGUUUUCUCAGGGAGGUCUGGGAAUCAUAGUUCUAUAAGAGGAAUAGGGGUCUCCUAACAACUCUCAGCGCCAAUCCACAAACUACAGCUCCCAGGAUUCUUUGGGGGAAGCCACGACAGCUUAAAGAUGGGGCCUUGAUUUCCAGGUGUUUGCUUAACUCUUGUUCCCAUCUCUUAAUUCCUAUAUUUCUUCACAGCCAGGGCUGAUGACAAAAAGAUAGGAACCUCUAGGACCCAGGGGCAGAAAGUACCUCCAUGGUGAGGGGUUUGUUUUGCUGUGUAGGGAAAGAGAGUCACUCCUCAAAAUAGGCUGAUGGCGCCAUCUAGGGAUGAAGGGGUAGAGGUUCAAGCUUACAAGAAAGAGAGGCCUUCCUUAUGGGGCAAACUGGAGGCCUAGCGCUGGUGUCUGCCUCAGGGGUGCAGUCAGGAUGGAGGAAUCUGUCAAUCAUGCUUUUUCUCGUUUUCUCAUUUUUGCAGUUUUCCAUUCCGUUCUCCACAUUUCCAUAGCAAUUGGCGAUCUCCCCACCCCAUGAAAAUCCACCAGCGUUUUCAUGUCAAGUUUCUCCCAGCGGACGCAUUAUUAUAUCCAGUUUUAACUAAUAAUAUACAUUUUUGCUGCAACUUCUCUCCUCAUGUAAUGCAUUUUCCUUGUGUUAUUUUCACACAAUUUUCCAGCACACUUUCCCUCCCAGUAUAUGCAUUAUUUGGACGGAGAGUUGCAUUGCAAAAUUCGGGGAAGAUAGAAUUUUUGAAAUAUUAUUGGGUUUUGGCUUGUGAAUUGGUUCAAGAAGUGUGAACUGGGUAUCUUCUCACUAAAAUGCAAAUAAUCAGUUUCUCCCCUAUGCUUAGAAUGGACAGGCUAUUAUUAUUAUUAUUACUACUAUCAUUAUCACUAUUAUUGUCCGUAUCUGCUCACCACAUAUAAAGUAGGCAUGUGUGUAAAAAAUUUACAUAAAGAGGCAAGCUAAAGCCUGAUGUAUCUUCACAUCUGUGAGGCCCACUGGUCAACUGUAGGUGGGUCUAGAAGGGAAAGGGGGUGGAGCUUGCAGGACUGCCUUCUCUCUCCCUUAUACACCUGUACCCCCAUGAUGCAAGCAGGCAUGGAGGCAAAUUGCAGGCCAGGAUGGCCCUUGGGGUUCUUUCCAGACCACACCCCCUACUAAGCCACGCCCACUUCCCCAGACCACACCCCUCUCCAGCUCCGCUUUGUAUCCUUAGUAACACCGUAACUUAACACUGAGGUUGAAUUCCAAGCGUCAUGCCUAAAGCCAAAAUCGCAUAUAGUCAAAACACAUUGGGUGCAAUAGGAGGUGGGAUUGCCAAAGUCUUUUUUAAUCUGCCCCCCCUUUCCACUUCCUUUUUUAAAAAAAAUUUAAAAUUGCCGAGUGCUGAAUGCACACAAGUUAAAUGUGCACAAGUUGCGGGCUUACUAUAUUAAUGCUAACUAAUACCCUUAGUAUUUCCCCCCCCCCCGCCUGGAACAUGUCCUUGAGCAAACAUGUUUCACAAUGUUGAAAUCGACUAUAAAUAUAUGAAAUUUAGUUGUGAUUAAAUGUAGUUCCAACAACUGGUAUUUAGAGGUCUACUGCCUCUGACCGUGGAGGGUGGAACAUUGCCAUUGUUGCUAGGAGCCAUGACUGUCUUUGGUCCAGGAAAGGGCUGUAGCUCAAUGGCAGAACAUCUGCUUUGCCUACAAAAGAGUCCAGGUUCAAUCCCCGGGAUCUCCAGGCAGGACUGGGAAAGAUGUCUUGUCUGGAACCUUGGAGAGGCGGACAAUCAGUCAGUGUGGACAAUACCAAGCUAUAUGGACCCAGGGGUCUGAUUCUGUAUCAGUGUCCUGUGUUCCUGCCCAUUAACUUCAGUGGUGCAGAAUUCAGUGGCCAGGUUGCUCACCGGAGCAAGAUGGUUUGAGCAUAUUACACUGAUCCUGGUCCGACUGCACUGGCUACCAACUAGUUUCCUGGCCCAAUUCAAAGUGCUGGUCUUGACCUCUAAAGCCUUCAAUGGCUCAGGACCACAGUACCUCAAAGACUGCCUCUUUCCAUAUGAACCAACCCAGACCCUGAGAUCAGCUUCUGAGGCCCUUCUUUGUGUGCCUCCUCCUCAAGAGGAGGGUGGCAACACGAGAACAGGGCCUUCUCUGCAGUGGCUCCCCGUCUGUGGAAUGCUCCCCCCAGGGAAGUUCGCCUGGCACCUUCAUUAUACACCUUUAGGUGCCAGGGAAAAACAUUUCUUUUUAACCAGGCCUUUGGUUGAUCUGAUUUACAUCUUAUGUCCUUUAAAGAUGGUUUUCGGGGGGGCUAUUGGGUUGUUGUUUUCAUUUUUAUUAGGUAUUUUGUGGUUUUAUAUCUUGAGUUUAUUCUGUGAACUGCCCUGAGACCCCAGGGUAUAGGGCGGUAUAUAAAUUCAAUAAAUAAUCAUACUCUAGACAGAAUGUAGGUAAAGGUAAAGGGACCCCCUGACCAUUAGGUCCAGUCGUGGCCGACUCUGGGGUUGCAGCGCUCAUCUCACUUUAUUGGCUGAGGGAGCUGGCGUACAGCUUCCAGGUCAUGUGGCCAGCAUGACUAAGCCGCUUCUGGUGAACCAGGGCAGCACACAGAAAUGCCGUUUACCUUCCUGCCGGAGCGGUACCUAUUUAUCUACUUGCACUGGUGUACUUUCAAACUGCUAGGUUGGCAGGAGCAGGGACCGAGCAACGGGAGCUCACCCCAUCGUGGGGAUUUCAACCGCCGACCUUCUGAUUGGCAAGUCCUAGGAUCUGUGGUUUAACCCACAGCGCCACCCGCGUCCCUAAGUCCCAGAACUUAGUUGGCCAUAACUCCUGAUCUCUUGGCCUACUGCACCACCCCAAACUCUCUACCUGAAGCUCUUUGCCUUCCUAGAUGGUACCACGGCCACCUGACGGGCAAAGAAGCCGAGAAGCUCCUCACUGAGAAGGGCAAGCCUGGGAGCUUCCUGGUGAGGGGCAGCCAGAGCAAGCCUGGAGACUUUGUCUUGUCGGUGUUGACGAAUGAGGACAAAGCUGAUACGGGGGACCGGAAGCCCCGGGUGACUCACAUCAUGAUCCGGUACCAGGUAAGGUGUUGUGAAAGCAGAUUGUCAGACAUUCCUCAGAGGUUUCUAGUUAAAUUCCUCCUGGGGGUGGGAAUCCAACAUGAAGUUUCUCCUUGCCGCUGAGCUUUAAUCCAUUGUGCUGAUGGACAGGCAUUGAUGCUACAGUGAAAGGUUUUGCCAUUCGCCUGUUUUGAGCCAAUGAACUCUCAAGACUGUAAAAUGCCAAUAACUGUUCUGUCUGCAUCACUAAAUACAGUGGUACCUCGGGUUAAGUAAUUAAUUUGUUCCGGAGGUCCGUUCUUAACCUGAAACUGUUCUUAACCUGAAGCACCACUUUAGCUAAUGGGGCCUCCCGCUGCUGCUGCGUGAUUUAUGUUCUCAUCCUGAAGCAAAGUUCUUAACCCAAGGUACUAUUUCUGGGUUAGCAGAGUCUGUAACCUGAAGCGUCUGUAACCCGAGGUACCACUGUGUAAUAAGAAAAAAUAGCAAUUGCGGUGAGCCAAAUUAUUAUUUAUUUAUAAUAGUAGUCUCAUAUCCAGUGUUGCUUGGGGAUUCUAAGACACCCUCCCCAAAGUGCACUUUUGUGAGGUACGCCAUCUUGAUUCAAAAUGGCACCCAGUUGUACCCUAACGUAGAUUAAAGCCCUGCUUCUUGAUCUCAGGAACCAUUAUGCAAAAUAUACCGUAUUUUUCGCUCUAUAGGACGCACCGGACCAUAGGAGGGGGAGAACAGGAGGGGGGGGGAAAUCUCCCUCUCUCUGCCCCAUAGGACGCACACACAUUUCCCCAGCCCCACUCACCUCACAGAGUGUUUGUUGUGGGGGAGGAAGGGAAAGGAGAUUGUAAGCCGCUUUGAGACUCUUGAAGGGGAGUGAAAGGCGGGAUAUCAAGUCCAAACUCUUCUUCUUCUUCUUCUUCUUCUUCUUCUUCUUAAUUUUUGGAGGGGAAAAGUGUGUCCUAUAGAGCGAAAAAUACAGUAUCUUAAGUGAGAUUCAUAUGCCAAGCAAACCAACAGUUCUCAUAUAUGUAUAUGUAUAUGUAUAUGUAUAUGUAUAUGUAUAUGUAUAUGAGACAGAAUUAGAUUAGAUUUAUAAAUAAUGGCACAAAUUGUUCCUUUCUCCCCUUCCGCCCUCAAAAAAUAAGUAAGUCUUAUCCUUGCAACAAAUCUUAAGAGGCAGAAAGCCUAGCGAAGCCUCUUGGAUGAGGGUGAACUUUGGUUUCCCUCGACUAACAUGCUUUUCGCUGCUCUACACAGCCUUUUGAAUUAGGCCAGGGUGAGAUCUGAGAUCAUGUAUGGAGUGAGGAUUUGAGUCAACAUUGUCCUAGUCCACAUCUUGUUCUGCCUCUACCUCAGUCUCUCUGUGUGUGUUCAUUUCUGCAGUCAUAACUCUGCCUUCCCCCCCACAGCUGGAUGGAAAAUACGACGUUGGGGGUGGCGAGCGUUUUGACACCCUCACGGACUUAGUGGAGCACUACAAGAAAAACCCCAUGGUGGAGAAGUCUGGGGCAGUUGUACACCUGAAACAGGUAACAUGGCAACAGUUAUUUAGGUGGGACUGAGUUGUCCCUGAUUGGAGAAGCCAUCCGAGGAAGGGGCCUGCCUUCGCUGAGUCCUCCAGGGAGGUCCUUUUUCUGGUUCCUGUCACCCCAACUCAACCCCUUUCUCUCUUCUUGGCCCUUCAUGUUGUGAGGUUGUCUUCUGCGCAUCCCUGUCUUGCAGCCUUUCAAUGCCACACGGAUCAUUGCCGCCAACAUCGAGAACCGGGUAAAGGAACUGAACAAAAUGGCAGACCACAGCGAGAAGGCCAAGCAAGGCUUCUGGGAGGAGUUUGAGGUACACAAGAAAAACAAGAAUUAGAUAACAGAAACUACAGUCUCCACACAAAAAACCCAAGUUUGACAAAUACUGCAUCUGUUUUUAUUUAUUUAUUUUAAACAUGUACAGAGGUACCUCGGCUUACAUACGCUUCAGGUUACAUACUCUUCAGGUUACAGACUCCGCUAACCCAGAAAUAGUACCUCAGGUUAAGAACUUUGCUUCAGGAUGAGAACAGAAAUCGUGCUCCGGUGGCGCGGCGGCAGCAGGAGGCCCCAUUAGCUAAAGUGGUGCUUCAGGUUAAGAACAGUUUCAGGUUAAGAACGGACCUCCAGAAUGAAUUAAGUACUUUACCCGAAGUAUGGGGCCUCCCGUAUAUCCUACUUUUUACCAUCAUAGCUGUAAAAGCAGCUUAUAGCAAGAAAUAAGAUAUAUGUACAUUAAACAAAAUGUAGAGCAACGUUUUGAUUGUCAGAAAUUUGAACAAAGAUCAUCAGAAAGAAAGAAUUUUUUUGAUUGCAAAGGCCUCCUGAAAUAAAAAGGUUUUAACCAUAAACAAAUGUGAGGUCAUGGAGGGUUAAGAAUAAGAAUAACAACAGUAGUAAAAAUAGAAAUAUUUCUUUUCCUUUUUAUAUUUCCUUCUUCUUUUUAAUUUUGUUAGAUUUGCAAAUAAAAAAGCAAAGAAACCAUCAAUAAAUCAACAAGUCCGUCAUAGAACUGAACUAAACAGUUGAGUCCAAUUGUUUCCCUUUAUUAUUAUUAAAUAUAUUUAUUGAAACUUAUUCAAAGAUACACAAAAAUACAUACCCAUGGCAAAGUAUCUUUUUAUAAUAUGCUGAGAUAAAACAGCUACUUUAGUCUAAAAGAGAAAAAAGAAGGAAGAAAAGACAAGGAGAAAGAAAGAAAGAAGAAAGAGAAAGCGAGAGGAAAGGAAGAGCGAGGACGACAGUUUUCAAUGUAACCAAAUCGCCUUGACAGCAGUUCCCAUCCCAUUGCUCACCUGGGUGAGCCAUUUGCUCCCCUCUGUGCCUCACCCAAAGGAGAUCCCUCCUGCCAACAGAUUCCCAAUCCAGUUCUGAUAUUGCACUUUGCCAUAAUGACACCCCUUAGGCCAGUGUUUCCCAAGGUUGGGUCUCCAGGUGUUUUUGAACUACAACUCCCAUCAUCCCUAGCUAGCAAGACCAGUGACAGGGAAGAUGGGAACUGUAGUCUGAAAACAGCUGGAGACCCAAGUUUGGGAAACACUGCCUUAGGCAACUAGUGGUUUUUAAUACUUCAGCGCCCCCUAUUUGCAAUCCUGGGGAUACUGGCCUACCUUUCAGGUAGCUUGUACAGAUUUCACUUCAAGGUUUACACUCCCUCUUCGAAAGCACUUUGCGGAUGCGAAGUGUCUUUUAAAAUUCAAGCUUUCUCUCUUUAUUGUUUCUGCCCUUGCAGAUGCUGCAGCAGCAGGAGUGCAAGUUCCUCUACCCCCGGAAAGAGGGACAGCGUGCAGAGAACAAAGCGAAGAACCGCUACAAAAACAUCCUUCCCUGUAAGCAUCACAGCUUUUUCACCCAAGGGCCACAUCCUGUCCAGGACAACCUUCCGAGGGCCGCGUGCCAGUGGUGGGCGGAGUCAGAAGCAAAAGUAGGCUGAGCAAUGGGUCUGGUGUGGUGGAGCGAUUAGGAUUUGUAUCAGGACUUAACCAUCUUGGGACAGUGACGUGUGUGUGUGUGUACUUUUUUGUGUUGCCAUAAACUACCUUGUAAGGGACGCGGGUGGCGCUGUGGGUAAAACCUCAGCGCCUAGGACUUGCCGAUCGCAUGGUCGGCGGUUCGAAUCCCCGCGGCGGGGUGCGCUCCCGUCGUUCGGUCCCAGCGCCUGCCAACCUAGCAGUUCAAAAGCACCUUCGGGUGCAAAUAGAUAAAUAGGGACUGCUUACCAGCGGGAAGGUAAACGGCGUUCCGUGUGCUGCGCUGGCUCGCCAGAUGCAGCUUGUCACGCUGGCCACGUGACCCGGAAGUGUCUGCGGACAGCGCUGGCUCCCGGCCUAUAGAGUGAGAUGAGCGCACAACCCUAGAGUCUGGCAAGACUGGCCCGUACGGGCAGGGGUACCUUUACCUUUACCUUAAACUACCUUGCAUGGUCAUUUGUGAGGGUUAUCCAGGAGACAACCUAUAAAUACAUCUGGAAUUGCUGCAAUUUUCUCCCCAAAAUAUCAUGCCAUGUUUCUCUUUCCAUGUAGUUGACACGACUCGGGUGGCUCUGCGAGAUGUAGAUGAGAGUGUCCCGGGUUCCGAUUACAUCAAUGCCAAUUAUAUUAAGGUGAGCAGAGAAGGCCUGAUGCCGGGAAGGGGAGGUCCAGAGGACUUGAUCUUAACCUGCAAAGCAAUGGGUGGCAAAGUAGCAGGUGUCUCUGAACAUGGACAAAGGGCCUUUCGUUCUCAGCACUACUUUGUGCAGAGAGCCAGUGUGGUGUAGUGGUUAAGAGCGGUAGUCUUGUAAUCUGGGGAACCGGGUUUGCGUCUCCGCUCCUCCACAUGCAGCUGCUGGGUGACCUUGGGUUAGUCACACUUCUCUGAAGUUUCUCAGCCUCACUCACCUCACAGAGUGUUUGUUGUGGGGGAGGAAGGGAAAAGGAGAUUGUUAGCCGCUUUGAGACUCCUUCGGGUAGUGAUAAAGCGGGAUGUCAAAUCCAAACUCCUCUUCUUCUAAGCUGGGCAGAGAGGUAAGAUAUUGGGUCCUCCCAGCCCCCAACUUCAGCACUCUAAAUUAGGGCAGUCCAGCUUUUCAAACCAAGUGGGCAGCAAGAGUACUUCAACAUGGAACCCACAGCCCACACAGUGCCAAAAUUUGAUGGGAAAUUAGUGCUGAGAAGCCACUAGCUAGGCUUCGGGAAGGAGGUGGGGAGACUCUAGGACCCUUCCAGAGUCUCACACCUCCUUCCCAAAGCCCAGUGCUUCAGGAAGGCAGCUGAGGGCUGCGGAGUUAGUGUGUCAAAUGUUGCCAAGGGCCGCCAAAAAGGCCUCAAGGGCCACGUGUUGGACCGCCCUGCCCCUGAUGCUUUUGGACUCCCAAGUCCCAAUAGCCCCAACUUGCCCAGCCAAAAGCAAGGCAUGAUGGGAGUCGUAGUCCACCAACUUCUGGACGAGGAUAGGUUCCCCAUUCCUGCUUUAACUACUGCUAUGCCACAGGGGUGCUCAGUUAGAUCAGCUUAGUGGUCCUGGCUUCACCCAGAGGGUCAUGGGAAUUAUUUUUAGUUUCGUUAAAUUCUCCUUUUUAAACUUAAACAUGUACCAUUUCAGCUGUUGGUGUACAGUCGUACCUUGGAUCCCGAACGCCUUGCAAGUUGAACAUUUUGGCUCCUGAACGCCGCAAACCCGGAAGUGAGUGUUCCGGUUUGUGUACGUUCUUUGGAACCUGAAUGUCCGACAGGGCUUCCACAGCUUCUGAUUGGCUGCAGGAGCUUCCUGCAGCCAAUCAGAAGCUGUGCUUUGGUUUCCAAAUGUUUUGGAAGUCGAACGAACUUCUGGAACAGAUUCUGUUUGACAUCCGAGGUACCACUGUAUAAGCAUUUUUAUCGUGUCAGCCUAAUACUUUGACUUCUGUUCGUUUAAAAGUUUAAUGUGCCAGACAAUCAGAUGAUUUUGUUAUUGUUGGAAAAAUUGAGUCUUUUAUAAAAUUAUUGGACCAGAAAGGCAAUGUAAACCCACAUGUAGUACAGGGAACUCUGUGACCCUAACAUUAUUAUUAUUAAUAAUUUAUUUUAUUUUAUUUAUUUAUUUAUUUAUUUGCUGAAGUGAUUAAACUUUUUCAUUUAUUAUUUUAUUUUACAUAGGUUUUUUCCCCUUUUAAAUGUGUCUGUAUAGUAAAGAGGCUGUAGCUGUGGGUGUCAUAAUUUAAUCAUUAAACAAAUACAUUAAAAUGUGGUGGGGGAAAAUGAUAAUUUAGGGUGACAUUCAACUCAUUUUUACUCAGAGCAGACCUGCUGAAAUUAAUGGACCACACUUAGGCACGUUCACUGAUUUCAGUGGGUGAAAUUAAUAAAUUUAAAUUAAUUAAAUGAGCACAACGAAGCUAGUCAUCCAUUAGAGCUUGUCUUUCUGUUCUUCCUUAUACUCACCAACCUCUUUUUUGUGUUUGUGGGUGUCCCAUUUCCCUUACUUACCAACACCCCCUGCCCCCCCGCCCUGUUCUAGAAUGUUCUUGAAGACGGGAAGAGCUCUGAACACAGCAAAGUCUACAUUGCCACCCAGGGCUGCCUCCAAACCACAGUGAACGACUUCUGGGCGAUGGUCUACCAAGAGAAUACUCACGUCAUUGUCAUGACGACCAAAGAAGUGGAGCGAGGGAGGGUGAGCCAUUCAGGAGUGCGGGGGGGGGGGCUUUUUUCAGCAUAAGGGCCACAUUCCCCUCCCAGCAACCUUCUGAGGGCCACGUGCCAAGGAGGGAAAGGGUCAGAGGCAAAAGUCAGCAAAGCAACAAAUGCGAAUUUUACCUUUCCAGAGUAGGCUAGUUUCCACACGCGUGCUCCCACACCCCACUGCCCAAAUGUCAAGUGGUGCUCCGAUGGUGUCAGAAGUUGUGCUGUGGCUCAUAACCUUUUUGGUUUGAAGUAACGGCUCGGAUGAGCUGGCCAGGGCUCCCUUUUUCUUAAUUUUUGUCCCCACCUCUGCAUGUCAGAAAGAGCAAGUGGGUUAUAAUUAGCUGAUGAUGAGCUUGAACAGCCUCUUCAAACGGAGACUUUAAAGGGAGCCAGCGCAGAACCCAGCCGGUAAUUGCCACGCUGGCUGAGAGCCUUAUUAACAGCCUUGCCUCUCAAAAUGCUGGUUUCAUUACCAACAACGAGAAAGGGAAAUCGCAGUGUUCGUAAUCACUUCCUUCAUACCCUCCAGCUCUGUUUGGAAACUUGUUCAUAGGAUGCUAUCAUUUUUUUUAAAAUAUAAUUUCUUAUUAGUUUUUUUAACAUAUCAUUUUCAACAGUAAUUAAACAUACUUUUACAUAUUAUUCAAAUUUUUGACUUCCAUCAAUCCUGUCUGAAAAUUUUCCAAUCUAAUCUCUCAGUAUGCAUUUCUUAUCCUCCCUAUUACAUUUCAAACUCAUAACCAAUAUCUCUAUCUUUUUAUACUUUGUAACACUUUGUAUAUUUCUCCUUACAAAACUUACUGUAAUCCUACUAGCGUAAUUUGUUGAUUACAGUUGCUCUUCAAAUAAUUCAUAUAGAGUGGUGCCUCGCAAGACGAAAUUAAUUCGUUCCGCGAAUUUUGUCGUCUUGCGAUUUUUUUCGUCUUGCGAAGCACGGUGUCGGGAAAGUUUUGGAAAAGCUUCAAAAAUCACCAAAGUCUUUAAAAACCUCAAAAAGGCUACCACACCGCGUUCUAUGAGUUGCUCCUCGAAGUCAAGUCGCAACUGUAUUAACGGUGUUAAGAAAAGGAAACAAACUUGCAAGACGUUUCCGUCUUGCGAAGCAAGCCCAUAGGGAAAAUCGUCUUGCGAAGCAGCUCAAAAAACGAAAAACCCUUUCGUCUAGCGAGUUUUUCGUCUUGCGAGGCAUUCGUCUUGCGGGGCACCACUGUACUUCUUCCAAUCUUCUGUAAAUCUCUGGUCCCGCAGGUUUCAAAUCCUUCCUGUCAUUUUGUCCAAUUCUGCAUAGUCCAUUAAUUUCGUCUGCCAUUCUUCUUUCAUCGGAAUUUCUUCUUGUUUCCAUUUCUGGGCUAAUAAUACUCUUGCCGCAGUUGUUGCAUAUAAAAACAAUUUAACAUCUUGCCUAUUAAUGUCCUGACCUAUAGGUCAUAGGAUGCUAUCAUAGCCUGCCCCCCACCCAUCCACCAACCACUUUAAGCUUGUAUUUUUUCCUCCUCUUUCGUGGAUAACAGAUAGUUAAGGGACUGUCUUAUCCGGUGAUGUAGCAGUCCAGGAUUGUGGGAAUUGAAGAUCCCUUACGAUUUGUGCGGCAGGGCCCCUGUCUCCAGCAUCCUAGAGCUUGCCCAAUCACAGCAUGGAAGGGGGAAGAUUUUUAGCCAUUCUCACCCUUUUUGGCUGAUCGGAGCCAAUCAGAGAGAGAGUAAGGAAGUGAGUCAGCCAGUGAGAAUAGGCUCCUGGAGUCGUUCUGGGGAAAGGUGUGCAUGAGAACACCAAGGAGGAAUUGUUCCAUAUGCUCCAAAGCUAAGCAUUUGGGAACACCAGAAAAACAAGGUGCUUUCAUUUCAAGAGAACGGGGUGCAAGUUCUGUUAUGUACAAAGGAAACCACAACUUCCGUCAGCUUUGAGAUACUGCAGCACUCCAAAUCAUGUGCCCACAGAAAAUAGUAGACCUAGCUGAAGGGCAACACAUGGAGAUCUGCAUUGAUUAUAGAGUCAGAGAAUUGUAGAGAUGGAAGAGACCCCGAGAGCCAUCUAGACCAGCCUUUCUCAGCCUGAGGGUUCCCAGAUGUUGUUGGACUACAAACUCCCAUCACCCCUAGCUAGCAAGGUCAGAGCUCAGGGAUGAUGGGAGUUGUUGGACUACAACAUCUGGGGACCCACAGGUUGAGAACCGCUGAAUUCUAGACCAUCCCUGUACAAUACAGGAAUCACAGCUGAAGAACCCCUGACAGAUAGCCUUCCAGCCUCUGUUUAAACACCUCCUGUGAAGGAGAGCCUGUUUGCACUGUCCAAUCAGAAAGUUCUUCCUAAUCAUAGCUGUCAACCGUCCCUUAUUUGGCGGGAAAGUCCCCUAUCCCAGCGCUGUCCCUUAUUGAUGAUGUCCCUUAAAUUUCCCAAGUUUCAAAGGAAGCAGCUCCUCUCCCCUCCCUGCCAGCCAGGGAGGAGGCAGGCUCCAACUGUGUUGCUUGGCUGCGUUGCUCACCCAAUAAGGAGUCUAAGAACGACUGGGGGGUGGAGCUUGCAUGCCUUGUGCCGAUCAAAUCGGCCGCGUUGCCUGGGGACUCGCCUUUGCUCAGCGCUUCCCAGUGGAGAGGCGACGGUGGUUUUCCUUGCUGCAUCCCCUUUGCCGGGUUGCUGCACUGUGGGAACCACCGCUUGAGGCUUCAUUUGGCUGCUGGCUGGGCUUUCUGCCUUUGGCCCAGAGGGGCUCAGAGGUUGAACAUACCUGUGCUUGGAAAAUCCCUUAUUUUGGCUGCAGAUCCCUUAUUUUCGAGGCUGCUGGUCCCUUAUUUUCAAAUCUGUAAGUUGACAGCUAUGUUCCUAAUGCUUAGCUAGAAUCUCCUUUCCUGUCAUUUGAAUCCACUGGUUCACAUCCUUGCUUCUUAGGGCAAUGGAAAGCAAGUUUGCUCCCUCUUCUAUGUGAGAGCACUUGAGAUAUUUGAAGGUGGCCAUCCCAUCACCUCUCACUUUCCUCUAUUCCAGGCUAAACAUACUCAAUUCCCUCAACCGCUCCUCAUAAGGCUCCGUUUCUGGACCCUCCAUCAUCUUAGUCUCCCUCCUCUGCACACAUUCCAAUAUCCUCCUUAAAUUUUGGUGCCCAGAAAUGGGCACAGCACGCCAGGUGGGGUUCUGACCAAGGCAGAAUAGAGUGACACUGUUGUUUCUCUUGAUCCUUUUGUUGAUGCAGUCUGGAAUUUUGCUUUUAAUGGGAUUUAAUCUAUCUCUCUCCCCCCACAGAAUAAAUGUUUCCGCUACUGGCCGGAUAAAAACUGUGCCAAGGAAUAUGGUUACAUCAGCGUGAGGAAUGUUGGCGAACGAGAAGCUCAAGGUUAUCACAUCCGAGAGCUGGAGAUUUCACGGAUGGACAGGGUGAGAGGUCACCUCUUUAAUAGCCCUUUUGCAUGUGAUGGUGUUUGCUUUGAGAUGGCAUUUUCGUCUAAUCUCGCUGGAUCAUCUGCCUGUAGAUAAACUCCCUACCUUCCAGCCUGGAAAGACCUAGGAAUGAGUAUACACUGUUGCCCCACAAGGGUGUGGGAAAAGUGGAAAAUUCUGCAGAAUUCAGAAAUCCCUCUGAUCUUUAAAAAAAUAAAAUAAAAUAAAGUUUCUAGCGCCUUCAGAAAAAUGAAGCUUCAGAAGAGUGCGUCUCAGCAAAGCUGGCUGCAAGCUCAACGCAAUCUUUUAGCAGUUUGCAUUGUGAUUCCAGUGCCUGUUGCAGAUCUUGCAGAUCGUUCCUCCCGCAACCAGCAAAAUAGAGAACCCCGCCGAGCUAAAUAAUACAAAGUAGGAGCAUAAGGCAAGCUGUUUUCAGUUUUGCAUAUGGCACACAGGUGACAAAAUCUUCUCCACUCAAUCCAUGUGCCUCCUGCUGUCCCCUACUCUCCCACCUCACAGAUGUUCAUGAAUCAGUGGUGUCGGGCAAGAGAGUGUAUAUGCGCUUCUAUAUAUCCAUUGAACGCUUGAAACUGAUCUCCUGUGGAAGAUGCAAUCAUGGUAUACAACUUCCUUUGCGCCAGAGUUUAGUACCUGUGCAAACAUUUUCCUAGUUUUGUCCCCCACCUCUCCAAUUCCUUGACAAAUCACCCCACUACCCAUAACACUUAACAGUUCCCACUGCCACUAUUUCCCUAAACCAGGCAGAUCAGUGUUUCUCUUCCCUGACCUACACUACUCAGAGCUGCAUAUGCAUUUAGCCUUACAAAACUAUCUCCUCCUCCUCCUCUCCAAUGUUGCAGGAAGAGCGCCCCAGGCAGAUCAAGCACUUCCAGUAUUUCAGCUGGCCAGAUCACGGGGUCCCCAAUGAGCCGGGGGGAGUCCUUGGCUUCCUGGAUCAAGUCAACAGGGCCCAGAGGAGCGUCCCGGACACUGGGCCUAUCGUAGUGCACUGCAGGUGAGUGGCCAGGAGGGGGCGAUGCUUGGCUGAACUGGCUGCGGAGGUUGGCAGUGUUGGGCAUUUGCCGGAACUCCUCCAAUGAAUUUUCUAUGGAUUGCUCAAGUAAUAAUAUCAAAGCACUCUCACUUUGUAUGCUCUAGAUUUUCUAGGUUCCCCACUCUUUUAAAGCCAUCUUGUGGGAGUGAGUUCCAUAGUUCCACGCCGCAUGAAGGACUUUCUGUUAUCUAUCGGGGAUCUACGCUCCUCCCUUACAGAUUAUAAACCAACAUAGAGAAUGUGAACAUCUUAAGAUGUCAAGAACGGGUGAUGGGAGGAGAAAACAGUGAUUCUGGGAUGGUUGGAGUUCAGUGGGACUGGGGGGUGGUGGUGGCAUAUAAUUACAAGGAUUACGAUCCUUGCGUCAAGAAUCCCAUCGGCGCUGUUUUUAUGCCUGCUUUGUAAUCUCCUUAAUGGCAGUAAUCUCAAUGUUAAACCCUCUAGAGAAAAGGGUUUAAAUGUUUGCCGACUGAUUUUUUCCACCCACCCUUUCCUUGAAUGUUGUCAAAGUUGCCUGAUGUGCGCUGGAGUCUACCAACUUCCUGGGGGUCCCGGCCUUCCUCUACCUGUUGUAGCCAUUCUCACCUCGGCUUACCUAUGGGCUAAUGUGUGCGCUGGGCUGGCGGUGACUUUGCCCUCCUCACCUCUCUCUUUCCUCCCCCAGUGCCGGGAUAGGACGAACGGGCACCAUCAUAGUGAUAGACAUCUUGGUGGACACUAUUCACAGGCAAGGUAAACAAUAGAACUUUGAGGUUCUCUCCCCCUUUAAUUCUAAGGAGGAUCUGGGGCAUGCAGAAUGUUUAAUGCUGUCUUGUAAAUAAUAGGCACUCGCCUAUAGUGAGCUGGUACUGCAUCCAGGCGACCAGUUAGCGGAGAAACUUUGCUUUAGGUCACAAACUACUAACUGCUCUGGGCAAACAGGCUCUCUGGGUGUUUUCAGGGCUGAAAACUCUGAAGAUGCCUGACCAGUGAGCUUUUAUACUAUAGACUUGACCCCAGAGCUUGCCCCCAUUCUUGUUCCUCUGGAGCUUGCCCUCUUCCUUUCAUUCUUGCUGGCCGCCAUGCAGUUAGUUAGGCAUUCAGCAGCUUUUUGUGUUCCAAAAGGGAUUUCAAGAUUGUUCCGGAUGAUCCUAGGGACAAGGAACUUGAAUUUUAACUACAUCAUUAUGGGAAAGUUUAACACUUCCCACCUGGGCGCGAUUCUCAUUUUAUAAAUGAGUUGGCCUUUUGGAGUCGCUCACAAGAGUGGUCACCAACAGACUGUCACUGUUUUACGGAAGGGAUUUGAUCAUCUACUGUAACUGUUAAGGCUGCACGUUGAAUUCAAGGGAUGAAAACCCUCUGUUGUAUAACCUCCCCAAAAACAAAUUGGGAUGAAUGCUCAGUAAAGACAGGGCAUAGUCUUGACCAGUGCUGGAUUUACGUAUAAGCUAAACAAGCUAUGGCUUAGGGCCGCACUCUCUUGGGGCCCCUCAAAAAAUUUAAAGGGAAAAAACAACUGGAUGUACAUUUCCAAAAUAUAAGAUAAAAAAUAAAUAAAAUAAAACCUAUGUACAGCAACAGUGUUUUGUGUUGUGUAGGCUCCUAUUUGUUAUGUGCAAAUGGCUUUUAGGUCCCUAUUUUAGGUACCUAUUAGGUCCAUAAAUUACCAUAUAGCAUAUAUUCAACACGAAAAACAGCGACAAUUUGUUGUUGACAAAGGACAGCUGGACAUAUAAAGGGCCCCAUUACCUUCAGUAGCUUAGGGCCUCAUCAAACCUAAAUCCAGCCCUGGUCUUGACUACUGAUUAAGCUAUGUGCAAGGAAAUCUGAGUGAAUAUUCAAAGAAUAUAUCAUCUGAGGUUCCUGUGUGUCCAUCGUAAUCUUCUUUUUGGCUCAUAUGCAUAUCCCUUCCCUAAAACAUUCGUUUCCACCAAAUAAUCUUGGGAAAUGUUGUUUUCUUACACUUUCUUUAAGAGGAAGCCAUCUUGGCUGUAUGGGUGGUCCCCCAAUUCUAAAUCUGCCGCAGGGGAAAACGCUCUCUUUCCACAUCACACUUUUAAAGCACAUGGCUCCCCCCCCCCCCGCAAAAGGAUCCUGGGAAUUGUAGUGUACAGAGCUGCAAUUCCCAGCACUCUUGAUGGAUGACAGUUCCCAGGACCCUUUGGGGGAGAAGCCGCAUGCUUUAAGUGUACAGUGCGGAUGUGGCCUAAGGCUGCCCCACCUUUCUUGCCCAUGAAUAGGCUUGGACUGUGACAUCGAUAUCCCCAAGACCAUCCAGAUGGUACGGAGGCAGCGCUCUGGCAUGGUGCAAACAGAAGCGCAGUACAAGUUCGUCUACAUGGCUGUCCAGCAGUACAUUGCCACAGAACAAAAGGAGCUGGAAGAGGAACAGGUAGGGGGCGUCCCAUUUGCCCACCAAAAGAGGGGCGGUUUUGACCUGAAGAGUGCUUAGGGAUGGGACUGGGGACUGGAUCACACCAGGCCAGUUUUGGAAUCAAAGGAAUGGUGGGAGGAACCAGCUAGGGAAAGGAAGAAGGCUCAGAGACUGGGGAGUGGUGGUGGGAUGACCAUGGGUGGUCAGAGAGAGAAGUCUAGGAGGAGGAGGUGUCAGAAGCUGAAGAGGUAACAGGGCUUAGUGAGCUGGGAGAGUCUGUGGCAGAGAGAAGCCCAGAAUCGGAGGGAGAAGCUGAAUCAGGAAUGUUGGGGAAAGGGAUGCCAAGAGGCAGAUAUGAGUCCAGCUGUUGAAGAGUCACGGGUGUCUCCCAGUCCUGCUGCAACCAGCUCCCCUCCUCUCUGGUCUCCCAGAACCAGAAGAGGGCUGAAAUGGGUAAAGACGACGUUGGCUUAAUGCAGAUGCAGUCUCUGAUUGCUUAGGAAAAACUCUGAAGAGGAGAGGACUUAGACUGCUGUGGGGAGGUGGGGACUUUCAGUCUUGGCAACUGAUCCAUGGGGCAAGACCUGUGCUCAUUAGGCCUGACACUCCGCCAAGUCUGUGCACAUCAUGCUCUUGCCAAUAAAGAGUUAAUUCCAACUUUCAGGGAGUGAUUUACUGCUGGCUCGCUCCUGUCACCAAUUGCUUUCCGAGCUCAACUCCCAAGGUGUUUGCUCUGAAAGCAUUUAAACCAGAGGUGGGGAACCAGACUCCCAUCUCCCAUCAGCCCCCAGCCAGCAUGGCCAGUGGCCAGGGAUGGUGACAGCAACAUCUGGAGGGCUGUAGGCUCCUCAUCUCUGAACUAGACUGUCACUUGCCUGUAUUUCCCUGAGCUACCUCUAUCACAGCUCUGCCUUUUUUUAAAAUGCAGGAAUAAAGAACCUGCAGCUCUUCAAAAGUUGCUGGGCUCCAACCUCCACCAGCCGCAGUUGCAUCCAGUGCUGGUCCUACUCAGAGUAGACCCAUGGAAGUUGGUGGACGUUGGCUAACUCGGGCACAGUGAUUUCCAUGAGUCCGCUCUUGAGUAAAAGCAGGUGGGAUGCUGCCCAGUGAACCCAAGUUAGUCUCGUCCAUGAAUUUCAGUGGGUCUACUCUGAGUGAGAGUAGGUCACAUUUUAGAAAUGGCCUCAAAGGUUGGAGGAGCUAUGGAACCAAUCAGGUCUGUCCGGUUGUCCGUUUCAGAGAAAUACGAGGAAGGAGAGAGAGUACUUGAAUAUCCGAUACCUACCGAUGGAGCAGCCCAGAAUGAAAGCUCGUCCCCCGUCACCAAGAGUCCAGACAGGGUAAGGUGGAGCUGUGCGGAAGAGGGCCUUAUUUGAAGGCAAAGCGGGGUGGGGUAGGGGAGUUGGGGAGACAGCGUAGAAUUGAAGCCUUGGCCCAACAUGAAUUCAGAGCAAACUUUUGGCUACAGAGAACAUUAUUUCCAGAGUUGGGGAUGCCAGAGGAAAUUGUGAGAGGGCAGAAAUACAAAUUGUUGUGAGCAGCAUAGCAUCCAAUUGGCAUGUUGGGAGGGUGGGAAGCCAACAGUUCACCUCCAUGCCCAAAGGCCUCCCAGCAAACAGUACUGUUAAUGAACCCAAUCAUUACCUCAGUUCUUUGUAAGAUUUAGUGUUUAUUUUGUUGUUACAUUUCUAUACCACCCUUCCUUUAAGGAAUUAAAGGUGUCUUACCUGCUUCACCUCUCUCUCCAUUUCAUCACUGCAACAACCCUGUGGUAGGCUGAGAGGCAGUGACUGGCCCAAGGUCACACAUACACACACCCCGGUGGGCGAGAGGGGGAUUUGAACCCUGGUCCUCCAACACUCUACCCAUUACACCGCACUGCCUCUCAAGAUGAGAAUGCUUUCAUAGACAGGGGAAGCAGCAGCAAAACAGCCAUGUGGUUACAGCUAGAUAAUAGAUGUGAAAGACUUUGAACACUCGAAAGCCCCCAAGAAAUGCAAAAUGUGAUGUCCCAGGCAGGCAUAUUAGCUGGCUGUUUUUGCAAGACUUCUUCUCUUCUCCACACCCUGCUUCCAGAGGUUUUUCUUUGGGGGGGGGAGGGGGGUUGGAGGAUGGGAGUUUGCUCUUGGUUGAUGUGUUCCAGCCCCCUUUCUCCUGUUUUGCGCAAGACGAGGGUUGAGCUAGAUGCCCCACUAGGCCCCUUCCAACUCUACAAUUCUGUGUUUCUACAGAGUCGACGAAGAAUCUGCCUCCGUAUACGAGAACCUCAGCGUUAAAGCCACAAAGGUCUCAAGUUUAAGCAGCUCAGGGAGAUAGCAGCUUCAGAGAGGGACGUGUACUUGGUGGCUAUAAAACAGGUCUGUGGUUUGUUUGUUUAACUUUAACGCUGUUUUAAGGGAUGAGUGGGAUCUGCAACAAAAAUGUUGCAGCGUGGAAUGUUCCUGUUCUGUAUGCCGUAGAGAAAGAGAGAUUUCCCCUCCCCCCCUCCUCAUCACCUGAUAUUCACUGCCCCGUUCACAGGAGACAAAUUUUAGGCAGGGGGCAUUUUGAAAGGUUUUCUUUUAAUUUUCAGUGGUGUGGUUUGGUUUUGUUUUAAAACUCUCUGAAAAGGUUUGGAGGUUAUUACUGGUAGUACCAUAGUCUAGCUUUCUUUCUUUUUUUUUUUUUAAGGCGAUCCAGUUUGAGCGGAACUGCUUCUGGCCGUUUUGCAAUCCCUCUCGUCCACUCUGCCUGCCCAAAUGCCCCAGGCAUUUUAUAUUUGAGGGCAGAGAAGGAAAUGGUAUCCACCGCAGCCCACAGAUCAGAGAUGGGGGACCUCAGGCCAUGGAAUCAAAUGUGCCCCUUCCAGACUCGCUUGCAUAACCCUCAGAAUUCCCCCUGGGCAACGCCCCCUCUCAGCAGACCACACCCCCUUCCACACAGGCCACACCCCUCCCCACAGGCCACAGUCCCUCCCCGGCCCUAUUCCACAUCUUCUUUGUCAGGCUGAAAGUACCCUUGCAACUCUGAUGGUGCCUCUUGUUUGCCUGCAUGGAGGAUAGAUAGGGGGUUGUGUGUGGGGAGAUUAGCCUAUCCCACCAAGAUAGAAUUCUGCUUUCAUUGCUCCGCUCACCAUGUGGCCCUCAGAAGGUUUCCCCAAAGGGGAUGUGGCCCUUGAGCUGAAAAGCAUUCCCUUUCCCUGCCAGAGAGAGAGAGAGAGAAAGAGAUAUGUCAUCUCAAUGUGGACUAGUGGCAUGCAGGGGCGUAGCUAGGGGUGGUGAGGUGGGCCCCCGCCAGGGACGCGGGCGAUUGUGGGCCCUUAUGGAUUAUGCCCAUAAAUAUAAAUACAGUGGUACCUCUGGAUGCGAACAGGAUCCAUUCUGGAGCCCCAUUCGCAUCCAGAGCAGAACGCAACCCGCGUCUGUGUGAGUCACGAUUUGCUGCUUCUGCACAUCUGUGUGACGUCAUUUUGAGCGCAUGUGCAAGUGGCGAAACCCAGAAGUAACGUGUUCCGUUACUUCCGGGUCACUGCGGAGCAUAACCUGAAAACGUUCAACCUGAAGCGACUUUAAUCCAAGGUAUGACUGUAUUGAUUAUUGCCUCAUAAGAAAUGGUUUUAAAUAGAGGGUGAAUGGAAUGGGUGGAGGAGAGGCGGAAAGAAGAGCUAAUUUGUCCAUGGCUAGGGGGUGCGAUCUGGGCGGUUCUGCCAGGGGCAGAAGAUCACCUGGCUACAGUUCUGGUGGCAUGACCUUAAAACAAAGCAAUGCACUUGACCAAAACAGAGACACUUGCUAUUCUGUCUCUGUUAAUACUGUGAUGUUCAAAUUGCUGGGAGGCAGAGCAACCUCCAUUGGUUCUGCUGUGUGAUAGGCCGGCCCCCAUCAGGCUUCCUCUCCCUUCCACUGUCAUCUAGGGGGCAGCUGCUUCAGUGGGAGAGAUAGCAAGCAGAAGGCUAGUUUCAUCUGCGUUGCUGGAUGCUCUGGGAGUGUUUUUUGGUUGAACAGUGGGGUACAAACGCUCAGAGCAAAUAAAUAAAGCGAAUACCUCUUUCCCCCUCCCUUUUUUCCUGCCCUUAUAUUAGGGGUUGGCGAGAGCCGCAUCUGCACGUCCUCCACAACCUUCCAUCACCACCUAUUGCUCGUUUUCACCACUUGAACCUUGGAUUCAGCACAGAAAACCAAAGAUUGACCCAGCAUGCCACCUGUCAAGGGAGGAGCUGUCUAUGCUUUAGGAACAAAUCUUGGCCUAACUUAUUCAGGAGAGAGACAAACUUUCCCCCCGUCAUGCACAAAUUCGCUGAUGCCGUUUAUCUGCAAGUGCCUCUGGAUGUCUGUAAUAGAACCUACGAAUCUCCUUUUAACUUGUUUUUUUUAUAGAUAUAUAGAUAUAUAUAUAAGCACAAUAAGC